CCGCAGGAACAGCGGAGAGGCUGGAUCGCAACCAGCCAGCGCAGCUCGCCCCUGCCUGCCCCUGCCUCUCUCUCUCUCUCUCUCUCUCUCUCUCUCUCUCUCUCUCUCUCUCUCUCUCUCUCUCUCUCUCCUGCAAGGGAAGAGUAAAACCCACUCUCUCCUUGCUCUCUCUCUCUGAUCCGCGGCUGCCUCGGCUAGUUUGGCAAUGCCUGGGUGGCUCUUCGCACAACCCGCCGCCUGAGUCCAGGGGGAGCGCCGGGAGCGCAGCGCCUGCCGCCGCCCCCUCUCCGCCCCUCCAUCCCGUCUCGCGAACCUAAGCGCCGCCGCUUCCCUGGAGGCUCCUGCCGGCUGACUUCUUCUCUUCCUCCUCCUCCUCCUUCCUGGGUCUUCCCACGGCGGCGCCUCUCUCUCUCUUCCCCCCUCCGCUUGCGCUUUCUUCUCUCCAUCGGUCGGUGAUGUGUCUAUUUACAUCAGCCCCGAACUUCUCCCAGGAACAGCUCGGUAAGUCUAGAGAGACCGGAGAGGUAGAGUUGGCGAGCCGUGGAACAGGGGAGUGGGUGGGUACAGAUGGUGAAACCCAGAAGCGGGAUCCUGACUAGAGAAAGGCGAGGGGGUAGAGAGGGAUGGGAAGGAGGGCAGUCCCAGCAUGAAGAGCGGGGCAUCACUUCUCCAGUAAAUCUGAGCGCAGCUUCUCUGCAGAGGAGGGAAAGCAGGAGAGGAGCCGGGCAGGUAUUGGGCUUCAUUCGAGCCAAUCUCAGCCCUUUCAUCACUGCGCAGUGCCAAGAAUGGAGAAGGGUACCUCUGAGCAUGUGUUGAGUGCUCCAUAUAUUCCCCCCCCCUUUCUCCGUGGGCUGCAUCUUUGCAGUCACAAUCAGCCCCCCCCCACGCCCUCUGGGAUUUGAGAGCAGAAAAGGGGUCUCUUCUUAGCACACUGGAGCCUCUGCGUUUCUCUCUUUUGGGAGGGUGCAGAUAAAAGGCAUUGUUUCCGCCAACUUAGGUAGCUUCUCAAAGCACCCCAUGUUUUCCUCCGGCUGUUUAGUAGCGACCUGAUUCUGAUUAACUUCAGCAUGCAUGUUGCCUCAGAGGUAGACUCAUAGCAUCUAGCUUACCUUCCAAACUUGGUUUCCGUGUAUUUUUAAUAGCGUGCGUUUCAUCCCGAGCCUUAAGAGCAAGCAGAGAACUAAAUUUAAGGCUUUCAUUUCAUUGAUACCUCCUUCUUUUUUACAUUUUUCCAACAGCAUCAGUAAAUUAACUGCAGUGUACACGUUUUAAACUUCAUUGUUUCAGAGCCAGUUAAAAUAAGCUCUAAAACGCUCUGUGCGGGGAGAGAACAGCACUGUUUGCUUUGUACAUUGUUAUAUUUCUGUAAGCAUGAAACUUUGGCUGUCCAGCCUCUAUUGUCCUAAGGCUCUAAGUUGUUGGGAGAGUUUUGGAAGAGUGUGAUUGCUCUGUUUGUCCCAGAGAGCAGGAUGAGCUUUCUCACCUUGCUGUGCAGUUGCUCAUAGGAGUAAAAGUACAUAUUCACUUCUCUUCCGAAGCAGGCUUGUGUCGGUUCAAACUCAAGUUUGGUUAAAAUGCAACAAAAGGUUAGAUUUACACAUACAAUUCCAGUGGCUAUUUUAUGUGCAAAGUGGAACUUCUCAUAUGUCGUGCUGAUAUCUAGUGCAGAACGCCAAGCUGAUAGAUUCUUGGUUAACCUAGAAUCAACAGGCACUGUCCUGUAAGUGUGACAUAAGAAUCUGAACCAGCGGCAGAUCCUGGAAUUAUUUAUAAUCAUGAAGUUACUCUUCAUCAAUAAUGAAACUUUGUUUUUCAUACUUUUAUUAUAAAUAUUUAACCGUUGCCAAUUUUUAAAAGCAAUCAUGUACUACUUAGAAAAUAAGCAUUACUAAUUUUUUAAAAAUUGCUUCAUUAACUCAGUACUAAAUCUUUUUAUAACAGCAACAACAUAUGGGCUGUUUAACAUAACUUUUUCAAUUCUCCCCCCACCCACAAACAUUUCACUGCUUGUUGCAUCAUUUACUUGAAUCCUAUUCUUUGAAGCAUUUUAUAGAAUUACAAUUGCAACCUUUACUGUGGCUUUUAAGGAAAUAUGAAACGUGCUCAGUCACACAGCUAUUUACAAAGAGAACAAUAGAUGGUUGUGGUUCCUGAAAUAUCUGAUCACCAGAGUUUACUAGUGUGUGUUUAGAAUACUUUAUCCAUCUCCCUUACCCUUGAUGUUUAAAUUUGCCCUGGCAGAACCCCACAAGCCGAUGUUUUAAUUUCCCCACCAAGAAACCUCUCGCUCUCUUUCUCAUUUUUGCAAUUUAUUGCCUUGCCAUUUAUAUUGUUCUUGUUGGGUAUCAUAUUUGAAUGCAUGGAAGAUGUUACUGAAACAAUAGUAAUUAGCCCCCAGAAGUCUUGACAUCUUUUUACCCAGUCUUGUUAGUGGUUCACUCUGCAGAUAAGCUUUCAGGAGAACGCUGAAAUGAAUAAAAUCUGAAAUCCAGGAACAGGGAAGUGUUGCUGUGAAUGCAUUAUCUGUUUUUAUCAGUAACAAAUUCAAAUAUGUCCUCUAGCAAACUCUAUGGGAACUGUAGGUGUAUGCAAUUAUCUUUGCUUCUUUGAAAAGUUGCCACAUAACUUUCUAUCAAGGGAUGGUGUUUUAUUUCAGAAAGUCGCUGGCCUGUUUUACUAAAUCAUCAUCCCCCCCCCCCCAUUUAUGAGUAACACCAGGAAACCAAACCAGAAAUGCCUCUUAUUUUCAGAUACCAAUGUAUUUGCUGAAUGAGAACUCUCCAAACUAAUUGUGUCUCCUAAGGUGUCACAGUUCACAGGUCUUCUCUCAGAAGUUGUUACAUUCAGUCAAUGUUUGCACCUUAGAUGCAGGAAGACUUGCUUCCAUGCAUUUAAAUUGAAAGGUGAGAACCACCUUAGAUUCCUGUUUGACAAGUCAAUUGAUGACCAAGGACUGCAAUCUGAAUCUGUCACCAUUUCAACUCUCCCAGUAGCCAUACCCUUUCUCAAUGGAAGGAGUUUUUUUCAACUUUUUUGUAACAAUUCAUGCCAUGACCUUAAUUGUCUUAGAAAGUUUCCGUUUUGGUUAGAUACCAUUGUAUGCCAAUUUCAUGUCAAUUUCACAUUGAGACACCACUUUCCUGCAAAAACGUUUUCUCUGAAAUGAAACCCACACACCUAUCUGCUAUGUAUGUCUUCAAUACAUGUCAAUAUGUGGCCAGAAUAAAUGCAUUUUCAUAAACUCUGAAAUGUAUGAAUGCACACCCCAGGUACAUUUUUGUAUACACAAGCUAUUAAAACAAAUGGGAUUUUCCCAGAAGCAUAUUACACAGUUUAUGCUACCUUUAAAUGUUUGACCUAAGCUUGAAACUUGAAAUAAGUUUUAUGUAUGCAGAAACAUUGUAAAUGGCUUAUUUGGGUAAUAAACACGAGGCUGCAAUUGCUUCCCACUUGCAGCCAGACAUGAUUCUUGGCAUCUUAUAAUGGAGAGUGUCCUGCUGGCAGGGAUGACUAAACAACAAUAGGGAGCAGAGAAGCACAUACAGUGGUACCUUGGUUCUCAAACUUAAUCCGUUUCGGAAGUCUGUUCCAAAACCAAAGCGUUCCAAAACCAAGGCACUCUUUCCCUUAGACAGUAAUGCGAAAUGGAUUCAUCCAUUCCAGACUUUUAAAAACAACCCCUAAAACAGCCAUUUAACAUGAAUUUUACUAUCUAAUGAGGCCACUGAGCCAUAAAAUGAAAGCAAUAAACAAUGUACUGCAGUCACACAAUCAAUCAAUCAGUAGCUGAACUGGGUUCCACAUAGUCAGAAAAACAAAACAAAAAGAGCCGCAAAAACAAAAACACAAAAUAAAUAGCAAAAACAGACAGACCUCAGCAUAACACUCAAAACAGAAGUGUGGCACUCAAAUCGGAAGCAUAACACUAAAAAUGUAGCCCGUUCAGCUUCCGAAAAAAAUUCACAAACCGGAACACUUACUUCCGGGUUUGCAGUGUUUGGGUUCCAGGUUGUUUGAGUAUCAAGGCGUUUGAAAACCAAGGGACCACUGUACUUUCUUCUGGCUGGUUCCACAUGCCUUGAUUGAGUUUGUUGGCAUCCAUCUGCCUCAAGAGACAAUGGAGUAAACCUCCGUGAGUGAAAUCAAAUCGCUGUGUUAGCAGCACCCAAGUGACCUUCUAAGGGAGCAAGCUAGCAUAUAUGGAGGUCCUGGGCUGCCCAGACAACAAGGCCCCACUGAUGUGUCCCAAAGGAAAGUAGAGCAAUACGUUUGGUACCAUCUUAGCUGCAGGAGUUGCCAGAAGGAGGCAUACAAGGUGCCAUCCAACCAUCUUAAGGACUCCAUCCCAGAUUUGUGUAGGGUUAACCCCUUAGCCUCCCCCCACAAUAAAAAAGAUACAGUGGUGCCCCGCAAGACGAAUGCCUCGCAAGACGGAAAACUCGCUAGACAAAAGGGUUUUGCGUUUUUUGAGCUGCUUCGCAAGACGGAUUUCCCUAUGGGCUUGCUUCGCAAGACGAAAACGUCUUGCAAGUUUGUUUCCUUUUUCUUAACACCGUUAAUACAGUUGCGACUUGACUUCGAGGAGCAACUCAUAGAACGCGGUGUGGUAGCCUUUUUUGAGGUUUUUAAAGACUUUGGUGAUUUUUGAAGCUAUUCCAAAACUUCUUUUGCAGCCAUUUGGUAAGUUAAGCUUUUAAAACUUUUUUGGGGGUUUUUGGAUUUUGGGUUGGGGUGUUUGGAAUUCAAGGACUUGGUGUUGGGGAGGGGUUUGCAAGAAUCUGGAAGCUUGUGUGUUUUUUUCUGCAUUUUUAUGAUUUUCUGUGACCAUUGGGCCACUCUGCUGUUUUUUUAAAAAAUUUCUGGAUUUGAAUGUCUGUGUGCUGGGUGGCUGGGGGAGCAGUUGGGGAGGGGUUUGCAAGAAUCUGGAAGCUUGUGUGUUUUUUUCUGCAUUUUUAUGAUUUUCUGUGACCAUUGGGCCACUCUGCUGUUUUUUUAAAAAAAUUCUGGAUUUGAAUUUCUGUGUGCUGGGUGGCUGGGGGGAACAGUUGGGGAGGGGUUUGCAAGAAUCUGGAAGCUUGUGUGUUUUUUUCUGCAUUUUUAUGAUUUUCUGUGACCAUUGGGCAACUCUGCUGUUUUUUAAAAAACUUUCUGGGUUUGAAUUUUGAAAUGCUCUUUACAGUAUGUGUGACUUUAAAGAGCACUUAAUAAACUCUUGUUGUACCAAAUUUGGCUUUGUUUGGACUUUUUUUUGACCAUAGGAACGCAUUAAUUGAUUUUCAAUGCAUUCCUAUGGGAUUUCGUGCUUCGCAAGACGAAAAAUUCGCUAGACGAAAAAAUUCGCGGAACGAAUUAAUUUCGUCUUGCGAGGCACCACUGUAUCCCACAAGGCACCUGGACUGAGUAAGGAACUAGGAAGCAGGAGCCAACUUCAGCCUCAACUGCCAAUGCAGUGUUUGGAAUCAUCCAUUGCUAAGGAAAUGCAUUUCUAAACGAAUUAACCAAAAGGAAUAGUGUUUUUCCCCACCCCCCACCCCCCAGCAAGUCCAUAUCACCUGGUCUGGCAUAUUUCAAAGAAGAACAUGUAGGCUGCUCCAAGAAGUCAGAUUGAAGCAGGUGGACUGAAAAUGAAAACUGAAGCUCAGAUUGUUAAUUUCCAUUGCUGCCAAACAUAAUAAUUGCAGCUGCCUGUUUUGUCUACACUUUCGAGGGCAACUGGGGGAGAAUCAUUGCAGCCCUCGGAGAAAUAGAACAGAACUCUAAUACCUGAGCUCCUGUCUGCUUUAAUUAUGCCCAGGCCUUGGUGGUAUAAAUGAAUGAUCACAUAAAUAGACCUUUGCUAGGUGGCCUAUAGUGUUCGCUUGUUUUCUUAAAAAGCUGCAGGUAAGAACAAAUCAGUGGGAUGCCUUUAAAUAAUGGAAACACUCCAGCAGUAGUAUAAUAAAGACUAUCUCCCUUGGGGAAGUUAUGCUGUCUUCACAAAGCACAUUUGCAUGUCAAAGCGGGUGAUUCUUGGUGUGCUAAUAAAUUGCAAUUUAGGAACAUUAAAGCACUCACCAAACUAAGAAGCUGAGGCAUUUUCUAAUUUUGACUUCAUGCGCCUACAAAGUUUAAGGACUACAAAGUUUAAGAUCGAACUUUGUGCUUGACUGGCGUAUGAUAAGGACAGGUUUGGCCGUCUAGCAACGCAAUCCUAUACAUGUGUGCUCAGAUUUACGAGUUCUUGAGUUCAGUGGGGCUUACUCCCAGGUGAGUAUGCAUACACAAGAACCAUUUUAAGCCUUAAAUCUUCAUGCUUUAACUGGGAGAUCAGUUGCCUAAAGUUUCAGCUACUUUGUCAGUGAAGAGAUUUUAAAAGUGAACAUCUGAUCUGUUGGAUUGAGAUUCAACUUGAUUACCUUUUGAAGCAAUUUUAUUGUUAUGGCUUAUCAUAAUUGAGAAAUAAGAAAAUGUAAAAGGUGAUGCAUCCUUCUAACCACAUGGGCUACCUUUUAAAAACUGAAUUGUCAGUGAUCUUGUAAGUGCUCCCCACAUCUGCCUUGAUGGCAAACUUAUCUGAGGUUAUGUGAUUAGAUAAUUUACCCAUCACACUUUGAAUUUAUGUCAGCUUCCUCCAAUCUGGUGCCUUCCAGACAUAUUGGACCACAAUCACCAUCAGCUCCAGCUAGCGGUCAGCAAUGAUUGGAUCUGCAACCCAAAACUAAGAGGCACCAGCAUAGAGAAGGCUGAUUUAUGCAGUUGUUUCGGGUGUGCAAAAUGCUUCACAUACAUUCAGUAAUUCUUGACAGCAACUGCUGUAAAGCAGGUUGCUAUGAUUAUCCAUACAUUGCAAAUUAGGGUGGCCCAACUUUGACUCAGAUACUGUAUGUUCCAAUUCAACUUCUUAGAGAUUAUGUGGUCACUAGAAUCUGGGUAUUUAGAAUCCCAUCACAUUUCUACUUUCUAUCACCAGUUAAUAGGUGUGUGUGUGUGUGUGUGUGUGUGUGUGUGUGUCUAAUAAAGUCACCCUGUAAGCUCAUGGAUUUCCACCUGUGCAAUGGGACUUGACUUCUUCUCCCCACAUGCCUCUGGUGCCCUCUCCCCUGUCCAACUCUCUGGAGCAGAUUUGAGGGGGUGCAGGGGAUACAUGCAGAGAGGAGAAGGAGUCGCAUUGUGCUGAUGGGAUGACUUCAUUGGAUUCACCUCUUCUGAUUCAUCCAAGUUCCUUAGCUAAACAGCGGCUGCACUAAAUGAACACUGUUUAUGAGAAUUCUGUAGACUUAACUAAGUUAUACACUUCCCUGAAGGGGUCACAAGACAGUACUUUACUUCAGACUGUGAAAUUUUAGACGCAUGGUGCUCAAUGCUCAUGUGCGUAAAGAUACAUUUACCAUGCGUAACGAGGUCGUUUUGGUCCUGGAAUAAUUGAGGCUGAAUUCAUGUGACUAGAUCACACUGGACAAAAUUGGGCCUAAGUUAAAAAAUUCUCAUGCCCAGUAGAAGACAGUCUGGUGGGGGUGUGUGAUCAUCUCAGCAAGGCAGGACUCUGACACAGUGGCAGAAUUGUCAUUUACUGGGAUGGGGCAGGGCAUGGGAGUGGUGAGAUUGGGUCUGUGCAGGCACACUGGAGGGAGAAUCUGAUUAUCUCUGUCAGGGCAGCCUCCACUCACCCUCACCCCUGCCCUGCCCUAUCCCAUCCCCACACCAUCUCAGUGAGCAGCAGAGAUGCUGAUGUUGGGAGGCCAGUGAUGCAUUGCUGCUCAACUGCACUCCCCCCUCCUGCUUUCACAGAAUGGGAGCCAAUGCACAUAGACCUCCGAAAGCCGCUGUCGCUCAUCGGGACCCCUCAGAGCGCCAGCAAUUAUUGUAUUUUCAACAUGUGAGCUUUCGUGAUCCAUUCAGGUGGCUGGAAUAUUUCACGCACAAUAAAAAGGCUCAUAAAAAUCACCGUACGGUUAAACAGAAAUGCCAGCUUUUAAAUGCUGCCAUGCAACAUUAAAGCAGCAGUCAGGGCAUGGACAAGUUGUGAAGAGAGGAAAAGCUGGAGGUGCUGUAGCAAUGGGUGGGCUGGACCGGUCCAUGAAAUGAUGUUUUUUUCAGAAACGUUAGGUACGUUAGGAUAAUGGCAGGGGCAGCAAAGAGAUGAGCAGAAAAUGAUAUGAGAGUCCUUAUGUUUUCCCUCACAUGGCAAAAAAAAAAAAAAAAGGCAGUUUGGGAGUGGAGGAGUGAUUUUGAAUGCCUCUGGCAACAAACCAACCAACAAAAACUUGCCCGACGUUAAUCUCCCUCUUCUCUCCCCGCUCUCCUCAGUUAUCAGUGGGCCCUUCACUCAAGACUGCAGCCUCUGCAGCUUAUUUUGGAUAAAUACAAAAUCCAAAAGGGGGAAACAUACCCAGCUGAGCACCAUGAGAAGUUCAGAGAUCUUUUCUGUUUCUUCCAAGCAAUCAUAGUCCCACUUACCUCACUGAAUUCAACAGGAUUUACCUUGGGGUAGUGCUGGAAUGUGCAGUUCUUGCUGUAUUCAGCUGUUGCUGAUUUUGAAGUGAUGUUUUUGAUACCGUUUUUAUUGCUUUUAAUUUUCUUCUCCCUUAUUUUUCUCACAUUCAUCAUUUUCAGUGUGUGUGUGUGUGUGUGUGUGUAGUGUUGUACGCCACCCCAAUCACCAAGUGCUACAAGAUUUCAGGGGUUCAAGGCGCUUACCCCAAGUUCAUGUUUCCUUUGGGAAUGAGGGCACAGCGAAGACUGUGGUGUCUUUAUGAUAUAUUUUUUUAUUUACACAUAUAGACAACCUGAGCAUUGGAGGGGUUCACAGCAUUAUCACCCCAAGAGGGCCUUGUUUCUCCCAUAGCCACAGCUUUGGAGUCAAACAGAAAUCAAACAAUGUUCUCUCUCCAAUUUGCUGCAUAACUCUCAGUUUUUGCCUUUGCCUUUUUCUAACUACAGUGGUACCUCUGGUUAAGAACUUAAUUCCUUCUGGAGUUCCGUUCUUAACCUGAAACUGUUCUUAACCUGAGGUACCACUUUAGCUAAUGGGGCCUCCCGCUGCCGCCGCCACACGAUUUCUGUUCUCAUCCUGAAGUAAAGUUCUUAAUCUGAGGUACUGCUUCCGGGUUAGUGGAGUCUGUAUCCUGAAGCAUCUGUAACCCGAGGUACCACUGUAUCAGGCAACCCUCCCAUUUGCCAUUUCCCACAGAUCCACUUCCUUUGUUCCCUUAAUGGCUCAUCACCCAGGUGAUCACCUCAACAGGAAGCUUUGUUGUUGUUUAGUCAUUUAGUCAUGUCCGACUCUUCGUGACCCCAUGGACCAGAGCACACCAGGCACUCCUGUCUUCCACUGCCUCCUGCUGCUUGGUCAAACUCAUGUUAGUAGCAACAGGAAGCUUAUAUUCUAACACUUGCUAGAUCUGGGGGUUUAGGAGGUUCUCUGCGUACAGCCUAUUUCCCCCCACCCUAAAGUCAUAUAUAAUAUAGAUGCAUUUAUUGCUUUGUCCAUUCAAAAAUUUACAGUGCAACUGGCAUCAACAAUAACAACAAGCACUGGAGUGUUGUCUGUUCUACAUAUUCAGAUGAAUCUGCUGUGAGGCCCAUGCAUCGUAGGAAGCCUGACUAGUCAUUCUUCCUCAUGAGUGCACAUCGCCCCAGUGAAGCUUGUGUUUUUGUGAUGGCAUCAGUGGAGGCAUUGCUUUAGCAAUGUGUAGAAUGAAGGGCGUCCAUAUGACAGCAGAUUUGGGGGUUCUCUGCUGCAUACCCUCCAACACUCCUCAGCAACUGACCCUCCUUGACCCCCCAAUCUUUGCACACUGUCAGGCGUCAGGAAAUCUGAUCCCCCCAGGGCAGGUAGCCAGGAACAGACAAAGAAGCUCUGACCAAUGUAUUUUAUUCAGUAUUCACAGAGAGAGGCUGAGAAAUGCUGCCUCUUGGACUAAUGGUGUUGCUCUGAGUAAAUCACCAACACCAUCCACCUUAUGGUGGCCGCUUAGGGCCAUUUGCCUACAAGCCCUUUGCUCUCCUACUUUCAAUGCCCGCCAGAUUCUGGGAGAAGAGGGGACUGGAAUGCUUUCUAGUGAUAACGUGUUAGCCACCUGCUCCGGCUCUGCUUCCCUCAAUUCCUUUCCCAUUAUUUCCCGACUCUGCUCUUUGUCUGCUUCUGAGCCAUGACCUUCCUCAAACCACUGCUGUAAAUCUAUACUGUUUUCCUCUUCUCUGGACGGUUCAGGAGGGGGAAGUGGUCUCCACCAUUUACCACUUCACCACUGGGACACAGCACACACACCUUCCACCGUCCUGAGAAAACCCCUCAGUCCCAAUUUUAUCUUAUAAUUCUUUGGUAGAGUUACAAAAAGUAAAACACACAUCAAUAAAUAAAUGUGUGCUGGGCCCGGGGGUAACCUGUGAAAUGCGGUCCAGGACCGGUCCAGAAUCUGAAGGUUCUGCUGGGAGUCAGUCUGACAGGGCCAAGGCAGGACACCAGGCAGGACACCAGGCAAGGACAGGUACAGGAUCUCAGGCAGGAUCUAGCAUACAGCAAUGUUGCUCCCACAACUUGGGGCAGGAUCCGACAGCCUUUUAUCUUUGCUGGGGUAACAGCCGGUCCUGAUCCCCAGUGACUCACCUCCCUGUUUCACACAAAGGUGAGCACUCCUCCUGCAAGUACUCAGGUCUCUCCUUCUCUCAGACCUUAGUCUCUGCAGUUUGGGAGAUGUCAAUGGGUUACUAGACCCAGAGGCCGCCUCAGCCUCCCCUGACCAAACCGGUAGUGGAGCAGCUGUAAGUGAUGGCCCAGCUGAAGGCAAUGAGGUAAUCCCCACAUCUGGAGCCAGGGCAGGCUCAGGCCCCUGACUUGGCCCAGCUGGUGUUUGUUGAAGGGGAACCUGUGCAGACUGGGACUCUUCAGGAUCAGGCCCCAGACUUGGUUCAGAUGAUGCUUGAGGCAAAGGAUCCGGUGCAGACUGAGACUCCUCUCUGGUUCCAAGUCCGAGCCCAAAUCCCAGGCCAUCACAAAAUGUUGGAAAUGGGCAAGAUUAGAUGCGGACGCACAAAGCAAUUUUAAAUACAAAAAAUCAAGUCUACUUGUGCUCUGCUCUGCUCUGCUCCCGUUUUCUUCCCUGGCCAGGGUGGCUCUGCACUUUCCUUGCCCCUCAGAGCCAGUGUGUCACACGAAGCUGGAUCGCAGUGGCUGCAGCCUAUCCUCCUCCUUGUCCACUCUCCAGCAGCCGCUGUGAGCUGCCCAAAGGGAGGAGGCCAGCAGCAACAACCAUGGAGAGACAACUGCCACUCAGGGCAAGCGCUAGUUCGGCCUCCUCCCAGCAACACCGGCAGGGGAAAUGGGAACAUUCUAGGAUUAAAUCAGAAGCCGGGAUGGUUUCAUAAUUCCAGGACUGUCCCUGGAAAACCAGGACACUGGGAAGGCAUGCUGCUGGCCCUGCAGUGUUGGACGUUCGCUCCCACCCACCCAUACAAUGCCAUUUGCCAGACUUGAGUUCAGAGGGAAGAAGAUGUUCCCUCCCUCAGUUACUUUAGGAGUCAUUAAUUCUUCAGUCAUUUAUUGUUGAAAUGACUUGAAAAAUGCCAGAGAGGCAAAAUGGAACACUUUUGAUCAUUGGCAAAGGAUCAAAGAUUGAAAGGUUAGGUUAAUUUUUAUUCAAUGAGUAAGGGCUGCAUUUUGCUUGCCUGUGAACUCUUGUGGCAGAGGAGUGCAAUUAAAGUAGAUAUGUUAGCAAUAAAACCAAGUGUUCCUUUGUUUCCAUUCCCUUUUUUGGCUGUUCUUCAUGUGUGUAAGGACGACAUUGUUCUGUGGAUUGUAAGUGGCAAAAUGUCAAUUGGACUGUCAUUUUUUUUUUUUUUGCCAUCGUGACUAACAGAUGUAUUUUAACUUUUCUUCUUUAAAAAAACACCCAAUACUUCCUCUUCCCUACUGGAACAAAAAAAGGGUCUUAGGUAAAAGGAACUUGGAAGUUUCCAUGCUUUAAGCAUUUCAGUCACUGCUCUUUGUUCUCUUUCUUCGUCCCAGACUCUAGGUUAUGGGCAAGUCAGAAAGUCAGAUGGAUAUAACUGAAAUGAACCUUGCAAAAGAAAAGAAAAAACUGCGAUGGAGCGCACUGGAAAUUGGGCUUGCCGUUGUCGUUGCUCUCCUUACUAUCAUAGCUAUCACCAUGAUCAUUCUGUAUGCAACCUAUGAUGGUGAGUAGAAGUGAAUCAAGCUACUACUUUUGUGGCAAAAGUUCUUUUAAGAACCUGAAGUUUGGGGUGGGGGGAGCAAAAACCACAAACACAAAAUUUCAUCGCCUUGAAAAGGGGUUGAUUAAAAUACCCUGGUAAGAUGCUUUUAAGCACAUCUGAACUUGUUAGCUGGGAUGUUGCUGGAUGUUUUAGCUUCUGUAUUUAGAAGGAGCCAAUUCCCUUUUUGGGGGAAGCAAGUUGACUUUAAAAAGCUGUGUUGUGCUUUCUGUGUAAUAACUAUAUGCCUAAAACGGUUCGACAAACCUUUGUUUGGGACUGGCUUCUCUGAGAUCGUUUCAGGAGCCCAUGAUCAGCCUAAAAGGUAUAUAUAUAUAUACGAUAUCUUUAUUGUCAUUGUCCCAUGCAGAACAAUGAAAUUGAAAAACUACAUAAAACAUUCAAAAACCCCUAACAACUCUGAAACCCCAUUUUAAAAUACACUAUACUAUAGAGACCCCUUAUGCUGCGUUUAGAACCAGAAUUGCAUUUGCGUAGAAACUGUUUCUCAGGCAGCUAGUCCUGGCCUUUAUAACCCUAUACCUUCUUCCAGAAGGCAGAAGUUGAAAGAGAUCAUUUCUGGGGUGCGUACUAUCCUGCGCUUUCUUAUGGCACCUGACAGCAUAGAUUUGAUCUAAGGUGGGAAGAGUGCACCCAAUUAUUCUCUCUGCAGUCUUUACAACCCUGGACAGCAUUGUAGAAAACGAAUUUGCUGACUUACAUGCUUGUCCUAUUUUCCCAAGCACUGUUAAGCUUCCUUCGGAAGGAGUCACUGGAGGCUUAUGCCAGAUUGUAACGGGUAUUCAUGUUGUAUUUGUAUAUUUGCAAAUAUACGAAUUGAUCAUAGAUGGUGGCCCUCUCUUUAUGCAUUCCAUCAGGAAAACUCAUUGCCCAAUAUCAGAUCAUGAUAGCGAGACAGUACACACAAACAGUAUGUCCCAGAGCAUGUGAUACCCUUCUCUCUCACUCACUCAAAAGCAUUCCCCAGUGAUGCAGUUAACUAGAAGGUUGGUGGUUCGAGCCCACCCACUGUGAACAAGAUUGCAGAGCCCUCAGGGUCCCGUCCAACUCUAACAUUAUAUGAUUCUUUGAAGCUCUGCCUGGUCUCUGUUGCUUUCCACUCACACCUCGAUUGCCACUUCCUCAUAGAUAGAAGGAGAGUGGAAUAAGGAUGACUCAUCUUCUCCAAUCACCUCCUAGCCUCCCAUGGCCAUUUAGCUGCAAUUUCCCUAACAGAAGGUAUGUCUGGCAACUUUGCCACUGGCUACUAUCGAACAUGUGCAGGAGUAUUCUCACCCCAAUGGACCUUACCUGUCCAUCCCAAACACCCCAAACUUUCCAUCCUGCACACAGAGCUGUUAAAAAAAAAAAGAACAGCAGCUCUUCCUGUGAAAGCCAUAAACGAUCAUCCAAAAUGUACACAAUUAGUAAAACCAAAGCUCAGUCUUACAUGAUCAUUUCUGCUUUUACUACUGCAUAUGUCAAAGUGAUUCCCUUUUUGCAGUUUCUAUUCAAAUCUCAAUUUAUAAUCCACAAGACCAGAUGGAAUCAGCAGCAGAAUUCAUUCAGGUUUCCAUCUCUCUCUUUUUCUCAUACAAAAAAAAAAAAAUUAAAAAUAAAUCAGCAAUUUACCAUAACUUGGGAAAUGUUCAAGGUUACGCCAAGCAAAAUGAAGCUCAAGACUUUGGGACACCUGAGCCAAAUUUUCCUAAGGUGUUUUCCGUUCCCGUUCCUUUUUUUCCUCCCUUUUUUUUUUCUGGUGGAAGAGUUCUUACUUUAUUUUUAUUUUAUUUUGUUUCGCUCUUUUCUUUUCUUUGAAGCUCUGCCUUAAAAAGAUAUUUAUUAAAUUUUCCAAUAAAAAGAACACAUCAAUAAAAGAUUAAACAUGAAAACAUAGAAAAGAAAUACACAAUUUCUGUUCCCGUUCCUUGUAAAUUGCUUGUCCCAAAUGGAUAAACUGUUAAAAUAUUGUUAUUUUAAAAUUGUUGUGACCUGUCCUGGGACCUUAUGGUGAAGGGGGGUUAGUUAAUUAAAUUAUUAUUAUUAUUAUUAUUAUUAUUAUUAUUAUUAUUGACAUUGGUUUAUUAACUGCCUUCUAAAUCACCAUCUAUGAAGGCAGUUGCCUUCCCAAGGUAGAGCUGGUGUCCGUCUGUCUCCAGAGACAGUGGAGGAGUGUGCCUUUGGGGGUGAGGUCAAACUGUUGGAAGGUUGCAGUGCUUGCUGUGGCUGUAGAAACCGAUGCAAGAGAGACAUGUUUUGUUGCAGCUGGGGCAGAUGAAGGCGUCUGGUUGUGCUGAUGCAGAAGCACCAGGGCGUUUCUUCUCUCUGUGCUCCUCCCAGUGGUCAUUUCUCCUGUGGUCACUGCUGUGGAUACACAACCUGACUGCCUGUCCCGGGCACUCCAUGGCACCCCCAGAAGAGAAAACCAUAAAAUUGGGGAGGGGGAUACAACAGUAUUUUUAAACAUACAAGAAGUUAAAACACUAAAACAGAUUAAAAUUCAUACCAGCAUUUCUAAGCAUCUGAGUAGGCUUGUCUAAUCUAGAAUGUCUCUAGCAGGCACCGAAAAUAAUACAGUCCGGUUGAUAUCGAUAGGCUGGGAGUUGCCAAAGUGCAGGGGCUGCUACACUAAACAAUCAGGUUCUCACAAAUGCGAAACAGGUAUUAUGUGGCACCAAUUCUGCCAAUCCAAGUGCCAAUUGAAUUGGCAAUAGUGCCAACUCUGCCAACUGAAGCUGUCGAAUGGCCAAGUAUGGGGUAAGGUGAUCUGUUAGGUAAACUGGUCCCAAGUUGUUAAGAGGUUUUUUUAAGUUUAUUAAGGGUUUUAAUAACAAUAUAAAUGUGUUUAUCUCCCCCCGCCCCCCGCAGAUGGUGUUUGCAAAACUUCAGAUUGUAUAAAAUCAGGUAAGAUUUACAAAGCUUUUUUCUUUUUACUGUAACAUUUCAACUUGUUUUCCUGAAAGUAAUGUAUCUUGGGGAUAUGAAUAAAACGGGCUCUGGGUUUGCAUUUCUUGAAUUACUGCCUUCCCCACCUUCCACUUCCAUUCAAUAUAGCAAACUGCUUUUAAAACUGAGAUAUGGUUUAUUUAUUUAGAAUGUUUCUAGGCUGUGAAAACCCUCUCAAGCUGCCGUACAGUAGAGUGCAGCACAAUACCUCUAUAAGAUCUUAUUUAGUUGAGGAGGCACACAAAGAAGGGCCUCAGAGGAUGAUCUGAGGGUCUGGGUUGGUUCAUAUGGGGAGAGGCGAUCAUACUGGAGACAAUGGAUUGCUAGGAACUAACAGGGUGGAGCUUUUUCUAAACAGGAGUUGGUCUUUCUUCACACACAAAAAGUAGAUGGAUUAGUUUGGUGUGGCUUGAGAAACAUCAGGUUAGCACAGGGUCACAAAUUGAGUGCCAUAUAUACAGCUAUGUCUUCAGAUCAUUUGUUCAUUUUAUUAAUUGGUGCCAAUGAGAACUAUCUCUAAAGCUGUGGGUUUGGGAAGUUUUUUUGUGGAAUUUGUCUGGGAAGGAAGAGAUAAAACUCUCCUCCUUUGCUUGCUGUGGUCACUUGAAGAACCUGGAGCCCAUUCUCCCACUCUUUGCACCUGUAAUUUAUUAAAGAAAAUUCAAAACGCUACACAUUUUGCAUAAUAUGGAUGGGGAUGGCACAUACUCUGAACAGACUUCAGCAAAUACAGAACCUUGUGAUGAGAUGUCACUAGAAACAUGCAACUCCAAGCAGAGCUGAUAAUGUUGCCAAAUGUGGCUGAUGUCCAUUUUUAUACCACAUAGUUUAUAUCCAUGAUAAUAAAUAAUAAAUUUUUAUUUAUACCCCGCCCUUCCCAGUUCAGAAAACUGGGCUCAGGGCGGCUAACAACAAAUUUAAAACACUUAAUUGAUGCUACAAAAAAACAGCAUAAAAUACGGUAUAAAACGUGAAUAACAAUAAAAUAAAAAAUCAGUUUAGGGGGAAAAUCCAUCCAAUAAACAUUAGAUGAUCACCAGGGCUAGCUUGCUAAAUUAGUCCUAUUUGGGCCAGCGAGGAGACCAGGGGAGAAUUAGCUGUGGGAUCCCAGAGCGGGUUAUCUUCAUAAAAAGGGGAGGGGGAGGGAAGGAAGGGAAAUAAAAGAUCAGACUAAGUUCAAAUUGAAAGCCAGGUGGAAUAGUUCUGUCUUACAGGCCCUGCGGAAGGAAGUUAAAUCCUGCAGGGCCCUGGUCUCAUGGGACAGAGCAUUCCACCAGGUCGGAGCCAUCACUGAGAAGGCCCUGGCCCUGGUGGAGGAUAAUCUAACUUCCUUAGGGCCCGGGACCUCUAAACUAUGAUUAUUCAUGGAUCUUAAGGUCCUCUGCGGGACAUACCAGGAGAGGCAGUCCCGUAAAUACGAGGGCCCUAGGCCACAGAGGCUUUAAAGGUCAAAACCAGAACCUUAAACCUGACCCAAUACUCCAGCGGGAGCCAGUGCAACUGGUAAAGCACUGGGUGAAUAUGCUCCCAUGGCAGGGACCCCGUGAGGAGCCUCGCUGCAGCAUUCUGCACCUGUUGGAGUUUCUGGGACAGUUUCAAGGGCAGCCCCACGUAGAGCGAAUUACAGUAGUCAGAUGGGUCUACAUGGGGUCAAAAGAACCACUGAUGAUUAAUACCUUUUAAUCUGAAUUGCGACAGCAAAGCUGGAUCUUGACUAUACAAGGUCACACUAUCAGGUUUCCAUGAGUCAAUGGGACAUAGUUGAUGUAGGUAUUAUGAUUAUUUUGCUUAUUAGGGGAGCUAAUCUAUCUGAUAAACUAGGCUACUGUUUAACCUAAAUUAAUCUCUAUCAGGGAUACAAACUAUUUGAACCUUUUCAGCUGUGUAAACAACUGAUCAAUAGGUAAAUGAUUGCGAACGUUUCUUUAGGACAGGGGUCAGCAAACUUUUUCAGCAGGGGGCCGGUCCACUGUCUCUCAGAGCUUGUGGGGGACGGGACUAUAUUUUUUUGGGGGGGGGAAUGAACGGAUUCCUAUGCCCCACAAAUAACCCAGAGAUGCAUUUUAAAUAAAAGGACACAUUCUACUCAUGUAAAAACACGCUGAUUCCCGGACCGUCUGCAGGCCGGAUUUAGAAGGCGAUUGGGCCGGAUCCGGCCCCUGGGCCUUAGUUUGCCUACCCACGCUUUAGGACUUCGCAGCCACUCUGUGCUUCCUGAUCUGAAAAUUCCUCAUGGGAAGAGAUGUCUCUCCUGAUGUGUCUUGCUCAGGGUUUUCAAUUAAACUGUGGCACCAAGGAAGGCUGCCGAGUGCAGAUCACUGACAAGAUACUUUGUAGGGUGAAAUAAAGGAAACUCAUCACAGACUCCCUUCAGCUGCCUAAAAAAGCAAGGAAAGGGAAACAAAUAGCCUGAACCCCAGUCACAAGAACUUUGCCAACAUUUUUUCUCCCCUUUAAUAAUGUUGCACACCACUGCAACCCCAGUCUGUGCAAGAUUCCAGGGGUUCAAGGCACUGACCCAGGGUUCAUGGAAAAGGGACACCAUGUAAACUGUGGUGUCUUUAUGAUAUAUGGUUUGUUUACACAUACAGUAGUACCUCGGGUUAAGUACUUAAUUCGUUCCAGAGACCCAUUCUUAACCUGAAACUAUUCUUAACCUGAAGCACCACUUUAGCUAAUGGGGCCUCCCGCUGCCGCCGUGCCGCCUGAGCACAAUUUCUGUUCUCAUCCUGAAGCAAAGUUCUUAACCCGAGGUAAUAUUUCUGGGUUAGCGGAGUCUGUAACCUGAAGCGUAUGUAACCCGAGGUACCACUGUAUAUGCAACCCAAGCCUACAAUGGAGGGGUUCCCAGCAUUAUACCCCAAGACGGUCUUGCCUCCUCCAUAAGCACAGCACUGGAUUCCAACAGAAAUCAGAUAUUGCUCUCAAAAGUUUCUCUGACUCUCUCUACAGCUUGCUUCUUUACUUCUAGGGUGACUGUCACUGAAUCUCGGCUCUAAACUCUGCCUCAUCCCUCUGCCUUGUUCCUUUUCUUUGUUUCCCUUAAUGGCCCAUCACCCAGGCUAUCGCCUCAAUACAGGAAGCUAGCCUGGCUUAUACUUGCUGAAUCCAGGGGUUAGAAGGAGCUCACAUACAGCCUUCUUCCACCACCACCCUCUCCCAAAUUCAUAACAAUAAUUUUUGAAUGCAAUUUCCUCUCUCAUUAAUUGAUGGGGUUUUUUGUUUUGUUUUUUGUUUUAAAAGACAUUUCCAGCACAGUACUCCAUUAAACUGGUUACAGCUUGCAGCGAUAAUCUAGAGGCAUUCAGCAAGCUCAUAUCACAGAUUCCAUUUUCCUGGAACCAGUGCAAAGUGAAGCAAUCUACAAAGAAUUGGAUAAAUUCAAUGUUGUGAAGAACCACAGCAUUUGCUAAGUAAUAUAUGAAAAACCCGACAAUGGCGAAUAAUACCAGGAUUUCAGAUUGUGAUCCAUGUUCUUCUCCUUCUGCAAUUAUGGGGGUUUAAAUUGGAUUUUUUUUAAAAAAAAAAAAAUCAGCUUACUUUUCUAAUAGCCUCUUUGAAUACUAUCGGGCUGCAGAUGGGAGUGACUGUUCCACUGGUUAAGAUUCAUGUAUUUCUUUUCAAGAGCAAACUCAAGUGCUUUUCAGUCUGGAGGUGAAGCUAGGCAACUCAAAAAUACAGGAGUGGUACUUAGGGGGUUCCCAGGGAUGCAGAAAUACAUACAUUAGGAGCUCAGCAGCAUGCGGGAGCAGCACUAGGUUCAGCAGAUUGGCUGCACUACUGUGCCGCACUAUGCCAAGUGCCCAUUGGCAAUUGGCUGCAAUGCAUGGCAGUGGCGGAGCUUCAUACUCCAGCACUGGGGGGCGGAGAGCAGGUGGGUGCAGGGCUGGUGCUUGUCCUGGGGGCGUGGAGCACAUCCUGGCGUGUGGCGUGGAAACAGCCGCAGUGGCACCCUGCUUGGAUUGCGCUGCCGGGGGCGGUGCGCUCCCUCCGCACUCCUCUUCCUCCGCCAGUGAUGCAUGGUGUCUGUGCAGCCUUCUGGGAUGCUACGAAUCACAGCCAAGCUAAAUUCAUGAGACUUAUUCAUUUUUCUUUCCUUCCUGGGAGAAAAAGGAGGGGGUGGCACAAAAAUAAUGAGAAGGCAAACAGUGAGAACGGAUUGAUUAAAUGUGUUGCUUAAGCUGUUAGGGGCUGAUUUCCUUUCUGUCCUCAAUUUUCCUUCUCCCAUCAUCCCACACUUAUUGCCAUGUGCCUCAGCUGAACUUUGGGAGUGUCUCAGGAUCACUCUAUUUGUGGCUGUCAUUCUUGGAACCAAUUCUCCUGGAAGGAAGCUCUAUAACACAGGAAUUGUGUGAUUUCCCCCCCUUUCUGUUUACUAUUUUAAAAUAAGCCCAAGCCGUAUGCCGUAGAGGGAUUGGACAAUGUUGUUCUGUGCUGAGUAAUUGAAAAAUGAGAAAGAGAUAUUUGAAGCUCUUGGGUAGUUUAUCGAGAAGUAUGACAGUUAGUAGAGAUAAAUUAGAAAGUUAUUGGAGAGGCAUGCUUCUCUCUCUCUCACUCACACACCCACACCCCACACCCCACCCCACACCCCACAUCCUCCUGUUUUUUGUUUUGUCCUGAUGUCAAUUUGGGGGGGGGGGAUGAAAUCGAGAGGUUCUACACCUCUGACAUAGGCAGCUUGCCUUCUCUGCACCUCCGCGAGGCUGCUGGGACCCUGCUUAAAGAACUCAGGGCUUAAACCUAUGGCACAAAUUUGCAUAGAUUUUUCAUAUGAUGAUUUAUACGUAUAGAUGCAAAUGCCGGCAAAAUUUCAGAGGGAAAGCCACCCUUGCGUGCAAAGGAUAACCUGUUUGCCUGCUCAGUCUGCUGUCCAGCUGCUAACUGCUGGAGAGUGUCCACCUCAUUGAGCUACAAUUCCCAGCACCCUUAACCAGCUGGGAGAAAUAAUGUGCUUUAAAUGUAUGGCGUUCAUGCAGGCAGAUCUGCAGAUUUACGUUUUGACCUCCAGCUGUUGCCUUGACCAUUUCUGAUUGGAUUUUCUGUGAUUGAAACUGUGCCCGCCCACUUCCUACUCCUCAGAUCUGAACGUCUUUUCACAGACAUCUUUCUUCUCACCUUUGACAUUGCCAAGCAUAUCUUCCUUUGACUCCCACCCUUAUAUCUUAUUUGGGAGGAAUCCAUGUUCGUCAUGGAAGAAGAAGUGUGGGGGGAAAACCACCCAAAAAACCAUGCCUGCCUUAAAAUACCUCCCUCAGUGUUAUUUGUUGUGGUCUCACAGAAUUAACAUCUUGGCAACGUCAACCAUAAAGCCAUCUGUCUGCAGCUGUCUCAUCCGCAGAACCCUCCACCACAGGUUUUUCUGUUGUUGUACUUAAGAUAGAAGUCUUUGUAACUUGGAUGAAAUAGAAGGCAUAGCUAUUAGCUAACCAAAUGUGGAUGCUAGACUGAAGGUGCUUGAUCUUCUACUUAAAUUGCCUAAUAGGUGGUCUGCAAAGUCUACCCAGCAGUGACAUUUUCUUUGCUGGGACAUUUUCUUUGUAGGCUCCAUGAUUAUGAGAGAGAUUUGCCUAGAUAUAGCCUGUGUACGCACUUACUCCUUUGUAGCACUAAGAAGUAGUGUUUUCUCAAUGCAGAAUCCAACAUGCUGCUUUCGAUUUAGAUUGAUUCCAGAUUCUGCCAUCCACAAGCCUGCGUUUGCUUACAGACACCCCUCCCCUUGAUUAGGUUAUUGUAAUGAGUAUGGGUUGCUCGUGCGUAAGUUGCCGCCUCUCCAGGCUUUGUUGCCUUGUUAAACCUUUCAGUCUGGGCAGCCCUUCACUUCGUGGCUGCCUCAGUCGCUAGCAGAAUCCGUCAGUGGGCGUUUCUUAAAUCUUUUCCAACAUAAAAGUUGUUUGACACCCAGUCUCCUCCUACUCUCUCUGCGCGGAAGUCUUCUGCGCAGGGAGGGCGUGGGUAGCAGAGGACCCGUGCUCUCCCCGCUGGUGUCCGGUGAAGAGUCCUGGAGCCCUCUCGCCGAUUCCCCCAACUGCCCCCCUUUAUCCCUGGUGUUGCGCUGAUUUGCUUCCCCAUCUGCGGAGCUGCCUCUCUCCCUGCUGGGCCCUUCUCCAGCAUCAUUUGAGAGCCUUCCCUCCGCCUCUAGCUCUGAUGUCAGUUCCCUGACAGUUAUCCAUGUCUUUUCCUCUCUGCACAUGCUCCAGCUGAAUGAAAAAGGAAGUGGUCACUACAAUAUUGGUACAUGCCUACCCACGACAUCACUGGGCAGGUGUGGAUGCACAGCCACCUACAUUGCCAGGACCGGACCUCACCUUAUAUGUGCAUUUAGAUAGGAAAAGGAGAGAGAGUAGGAAUGUCUCCAUUUGUUUGAUGGUCCUAACAGGCUAGCCACUAUUCUAGCAGGUAUUUCUAAUACCUUAUCUGUUCCGUGCACUACACCUGUGAUGGCGUAGAUAGGUAGGUAGGGGGUGCAGGUGGUGCUGUGGUCUAAGCCACUGAGCCUCUUGGGCUUGCCGAUCAGAAGGUUGGCAGUUCAAAUCCCCGCGACGGGGUGAGCUCCUGUUGCUCUGCCCCAGCUCCUGCCAACCCAGCAGUUUGAAAGCAGAACAGUGCAAGUAGAUAAAAAGUUACUGCUGCAGCGGGAAGGUAAAUGGUGUUUCCGUGCACUCUGGUUUCCAUCACAGUGUUCCAUUGCAGUGGUUUAGUCCUGCUGGCCACAUGACCCAGAAAGCUGUCUGUGGACAAACGCUGGCUCCCUCAUCCUGAAGUAAGAUGAGCGCCGCAACCCCAUAGUUGCCUUUGACUGUACUUAACCAUCCAGAGGUCCUUUACCUUUACCUUUACCUACCUAGGUAGGAGCUGAGAAGUAUUUUAGUGGCCCACUAUAUUCAAAGUUGGGACACGGGUGGCACUGUGGUGUAAACCACUGAGCCAUGGGCUUGCCGAUCGGAAGGUUGGUGGUUCGAAUCCCUGUGAAGGGGUGAGCUCCCAUUGUUCGGUCGCAGCUCCUGCCAACCCAGCAGUUCGAAAGCACAUCAAAGUGCAAGUAGAUAAAGAGGUACCGCUCCGGCGGGAAGGUAAACGGCAUUUCCGUGCGCUGCUCUGGUUUCGCCAGAAGCAGCUUAGUCAUUCCGGCCACAUGACCUGGAAAAACUGCAGACAAACGCCGGCUCCCUCGGCCAGUAAAGCGAGAUGAACGCUGCAACCCCAGAGUCUUUCGCGACUGGACUUAACUGUCAGGGGUCCCUUUACCUUUACCUUUUUUUAUAUUCAGAGUUGAGAUGUGAACCCAUCUGCUGCAGUUUUUAAUUCAGUGGGUUAGCCACUGGAAAAAUGCCCCCUUUCAUAGUUAUUGCCCUCCUUCCAACAUGAAUUGGGAGUGCACUGGCCUGAGAAUACAUGGUGGUACUAAUGGGACUUCACAUGCUAGCAUUACCCAUGAUGCCUCCUUCCUCACCGGCUGUAGCUUUCCUGUGUUGAGCGUGAAGGGUUCAUCAGGACAUGUAUAGAAUGUUGCACAUGACUGGAAACCCUGCAUGAUCAGAGUUCCCAAACCUACAGAAAAUUCUAAACACUUUCUGUGAAAUGCUCAGAGAGUCCCCCUUUCAAACCAAUUCAAUGCAUGAAGGUCAGAGCUGGAGCCAUCAAGGAUGGGGAUUUUGGAGAUGGAUGAAGUUCCUUCAGCUCUACUCUCCUCCUUCCAUUCAUUCUGAGAAUGCACAGUGGUGAACACCUGAACCAAGGCAAAGAUCCUUUGCAGAGAGAGAGGGCCAGCCAUGCAAACUUUUUAAUUUGCUACUUCAAAGCAAAUCCCUAGUAUUCCAGCUCUUCAAAUAGACAUCCAUGGGUAGUAAGGCUCAUUACUCUCUCUUCAGAUGCAUUCUGAAAUACCUUUCCAUCUCCCGAGAGAAAAUCACAAAAUAAUUCAAGUCACAUUGCACUCCAUGAAAGAAGAGAGUCCUUAACUAUAAUUUAAAAGGAAGAACCUCAUCUUGACAAUUUGACUGUAGAGAAUAGUAUAAAAUAAAUUAGUUUUCUACAGGCAAUGCUGUGCAGCAACCCAGAGGUGCGAGAGUGACAGACCCCUUGCCUAGUAUGUUUCUAGGAUUUCCCAAGCAUUAAUAAAUGGGUAAACUAGGAAACCAUAAAAAUUGUUCAGUGUAUAAUUUCAAACAGGUUCAUGUGUAAAACAGCAAGGCAAUCAAGAAAGAAAAAACCAAGUAGCAGAAUAAAACUUGUAAGAUUUCCUACAGUUUAAAUGAACUGAGAGAAAGAAAGAAUCAUUGCCUGGUACCAGAAGAGAUACAAGAGGAGGGUUGUGUAUACACCGUACAUUUAAAGCACAUCCCCCCCCCAAAAAAAUAUCCUGGGAACUGUAGUUCACCCCCACAGGACUGCAAUUUGCAGCAUCCCUUAAAAACUACAGUUCCCAUGGUUCUUUUUGGGUGUGUGUGUGGGGGGGGAGAUGUGCUUUAAAGUAUGGUGUGUAUGCACCCAAUGUACAAGAUAAACCUGGAGACUUUGUUUCCAUGGCUGGAGUGAGCAGUUUGUUUGUUUGUUUGUUUGUUUGUUUGUUUGUUUGUUUGCUUGCUUGCUUGCUUGCUUGCUUAAUUUCUAUACCACCCUUCACCCAAAGAUGACAGGGCGCUUUUCUAUAUAAAUGGUUUCUCCUUCAGGUGCACACUACUGAAGGCCAGCUAAGGUUUGUUUGUUUUUUGGCAGAAAUUCCUCCGAUAAUAUCUUCCUUGUAGUAAAAAUACAACAGUAAUAAAUUAAGCAAGUAACAAUAUGCUGCCCUUUCACAACACUCAAAAAUCAGCCGCCUGAGGCACCUGCCUCACUCUGCCUAAUGGUAUGGUUGGCACACUGUUCUACAACCAUUACUUAACCUCUGGAGACUGAUUCUGAAUAUAAUCUUGGUCUAUGGGCAAGUUUAUGUGGGAAAUUUAACUUCUGUAUGAAACGAUUCAAGCCACUGGCAGAAUUCAGAGUCAAGCAUACAUUUCCUGGAGCUUCCAAUUGCUUUGUCUUUUGAGCACCUCUACAAACUCGCAAUGUUCACUCCUGUUAUCUUGGUACUCAAGCACUGCUUUUGUGAAGAUGGGCACUUCAUUAACAAAGGUUUUCUUUAUAAUUACAAGUAUAUGCAGGUUACUCAUUACCUGCAUCCCCAGCUGGAAUCCUCCAGACCAGGCUUCCUCAACCUCAGCCUUCCAGAUGUUUUGGGCCUACAACUCCCAUGAUCCCCAGCUAGCAGUACCAGUUGCCAGGGAUGCUGGGAAUUGUAGUCUCAAAACAUCUGGAGGGCCGAGGUUGAGAAGCCUGCUCCAGACUGUUUGUAGAACAAAUUCAAUCAUAUACAGUCAUACCUCGUGUUGCGUCUUUCCGCGUUACAUCCCGCGGCAACCUGGAAGUACCAGAAUGAGUUACUUCCAGGUUUCACUGCUUGUGCAUGCGCAGAAGCGCUAAAUCAUGCUUUGCGCGUGCACAGAAGUGACAAAUCGCACAGCGCGCCUGCACAGACGCAGCGCUUCGGGUUGUGGGCAUUUCAUGUUACGGGUGGGCUUCCGGAACAGAUCAUGUCCGUAACACAAGGUACCACUGUACUGAAACAUUAGUUUUGCACAAGUAAAGUGGAUUAAAGCAUUCUGUUGCCCCAAAACAGUGAAUCCACUUAUUUCAAUGAAGGAAACAUUGCUUUCCAGUUUGGAGAGUGACAAAGCAAUAGAUUGAAAAGUGUGGGGUGAAUGAAUGAUUAACAGAAAGACGUGUAAGUGUCCUGCAAACAAUGAAGGAUGAACCAUCAUUGUAAUAUAAGCAAAUCAGAAUGUUUGUUUGCUAUAGAUCAAACUCUAAGCUUUGUGCAAUCAAAUCAGGAUGAAUGAAGGAAUGAAUGAGCAGAUUGUCUGGAAGAGCCUUCACUUUGGCAAUCUCUCCUCAACUGCCAGAUGACUAACCUAUUCUUAUUUAGAGCUCUCAGUGAACUCCAAAAAUUUAAAACAGGGAUGGGGAACUUGCUGCCAUCCAGAUGUUGUUGGACUACAACUCCCAUCAGCUCCAGCCAGCAUGGUCAAUGGUCAUGGAUGAUGGGAACUGUGGUGCAGCAGCAUUUGGAGGGCUGCAGGUUCUCCAUCUUUGGUUUGAAGAUAUGCUAUCAUCAUAGCUUCAUUUGAAAGACCGUAUUCCCUGCUCUGAACUUUAACCAUGCAGUGUGCGGAGUGUUCUGCCUGCUGCUUCAAAGUAAUUUUGAAGUACUUGGCUCACCAAAAUCCUGUCUUACAAACCCUCUUCAUGUGUUAUACUCCUGAAAGGUAGGAGCCAGUCAAAUUCCUGAUCCCAAACAGAACUGGGAUGAUUUAAGCAAAUUUCUGUUCUAGCUGGAUUGCAUUGAGGCAGUCCCAGAUCACUGCCGAUCAGGUUGGAGUUAUCCAGGGCAGUUUGGCUGUUUGUGUGUGUGUUCCCCUCUGGAAACAGGCACAUAGAGGCAAAGUGCAGGGCAGGGCUAAAGUAAAGGGACCCCUGACCAUUAGGUCCAGUCGUGACCGACUCUGGGGUUGAGGCGCUCAUCUCGCUUUAUUGGCCGAGGGAGCCGGCGUACAGCUUCCGGGUCAUGUGGCCAGCAUGACUAAGCCGCUUCUGGUGAACCAGAGCAGCGCACGGAAAUGCCGUUUACCUUCCUGCUGGAGCGGUACCUAUUUCUCUACUUGCACAUUGACAUGCUUUCGAACUGCUAGGUUGGCAGGAGCAGGGACGAGCAACGGGAGCUCAUCCCGUCGUGGGGAUUCAAACCGCCAACCUUCUGAUUGGCAAGUCCUCGGCUCUGUGGUUUAACCCACAGCGGCAGGGCAGGGCUAUUGAAAGCUUUAUUGCAAACAGCCCCAUUCAGCUUUUUGCAAAGCCUGCCACCUGCUUCUCUUUCUCUCCCACCCCCCCACCCCAAUCUCUUGACACUUCCAAAUUGCUCUGAGUGAGCUGACCCAACCAGGGGCAACCAGGGGCUGUCUCAACCUGAUUCAGCCAGAUCCAUCUGAAUUGACCUGGUUUGGUUUGUGAUGUGGGCAUCAGCCAAAUCUGGUGCCACUACUUGUCAUCUUUUAAAGUGACCCAAGUUCUGAAUCACAUCAAUCAACUGUAAAGUUCCCCUCUCUGUUCACAAUCUUUUUCUCAGGGUAGAAUGGAAGAAAUUUCGUAACUCUGUAACUGAGUAGGUUCAUUGUGUUCAGCAUGAAAGCUAUUCCCCAAUGUAGGUACAAACCAAUGAAUCAAUCUCUGCUUGGAAGUAUGCUCCACUAAUUCUCAACAAAGCGUGUAGUUGCAAGGCUACCAAGAUCUAUAGAAAAACUUUACUUUACAAAAAUGCAACUACAUUUCAUCCCUUUUGUAUUAGUAAUUCAAACAUUGUCUUGUUUUUCUUCCAUAAAAACCCUCAUUUUUAUUUUUUAAAAUAUCCUUGGUGUCUCUUUCUUGUGUCAGCUGCCCGAAUCAUCGACAACAUGGAUGCUACUUCAGAGCCUUGCAAAGACUUUUACCAGUAUGCCUGUGGAGGGUGGUUAAAGAAGAACAUCAUUCCAGAGACGAGUUCCCGUUAUAGUAACUUUGACAUUUUGAGAGAUGAACUCGAAGUUGUUUUGAAAGGUCAGUGGGAUAUAAAUUUGUGAACGAAACAUUUGGAACCAUUCGGUCUUCUCUUCUUUUCCACUCCUCCAACUUUGUGUCAGGAGGUCAUGAGCUUUAUAGAAGUUCUUCCAUACUCCAGGCUGCCUAAAAUCACCCUAGUCUGUUUUCCUGUUGUGUGGACACAAGCUUAGGAAUUGUUCUCUUGUGUCUAGCAAAAGCAAACAGAGACCGUUUCAGACUCGGGUGAAUUUCGGCCCUAGUCUGAAGGAAGAGCACAGCAUUGCAUUCUGACUCUUUGAACAGCUGAAUCCACUGUCCUUGUGACCCUGAAAGAGUGGGCAGCUGUCCUAGGUGUGAGAAGUAGGUGGGGUUUUUUCAGGCCAACUCAGCCGGGAACGAUGCUAAAUUUACUGGCAGCAAAUGUUGGCCCACCUUAAGUACAGUAAUCUAGGCAUUUUCUAAACAUAAGCAUAUGGCAACUCUAUCAAGCUAUGUAUCUUUUCAAAACAUAAAAAAGGAGGAAAGUAAAUUCUGGCUUGGAAGCAAACACUGUAUUGGUUUGCGUCUCAAACUUCUCUUUGAACAGUGCUUUCCCAUUUUUUUCCAGGCCACCACCUGCCUAGUUCCAUAAACUCACCUCCAGUACCUGCUAUUUAAAGUAUUGUUCAGAAUGCUGAACAUGCAUGCAAUGUAAUCAAUAAAGGGAAAAGUAUCUAGGAUUUGUAGGAAGGAAGCUUCCAUUAUAUACAGUUUCUGAAACAGGCAGCACGUUCAUAGUUAGUUGCAUAUGUUGAAAGAAGCUGCUAAAGACCAAAACAACUGUUGCAGAGAAGAAGAGAGCACAAGAAGGAGACUCUAGCAAGUUACUUUGUAUGUUACGCAGUGUAAUUUGACCAUGUAGCGCACUGGCGGUGUUUGUAAAUGUUUUAUAGGCGCAUAAAUAUGAUGUUUCUAGUGCAUCUGGUUACAUGCAUAAUUUUUUUUAAAAAAAGGAAGAGCAGCCUGCAUUCCAAAUUAGAUAAAAUAAUUCUAGGAACACUGUCCGUGUUACUUAUAGCUGUGACAUCCAGUGAGGCUGAGAAGAGAGGCUAGAUAAGAAUGCGAAGUGGACCUUAGAACAUUUGCAAACUUAAGAGGCUUCAAAUUGCGCUCUUUGGUCGAAGUUGUCUGUUAUUGUUACUGAAGGUGCAGUGUGAACCGAUGCCUGCAGAAUGGAACUGAAAUAUAAUCGGAGUCAAGUGUGGAUUUCAUGCUCUUUAUUCAGCUCAUAGUAGCAAGGAAUGGAAGUUCCCCCAAAACGUCUGCUUUAUAUACAUUAUUUACACAAUGGGCCACGUGAUUGGCUAAUUCUGGGAUUCUCUUGUAGGCCAAUCAGGUUGCAGAUUCAUUUCCACCUGGAGCUGGAUUGGGUGGCUCCUGCGGACCAAUCAGACUGCUGCAUUCUGGAUCCUAUUGUUCUAGGACCAGUCAGACUGCUGCAUUUUGGAUCCUAUUCAACUCAGUACAUAACAGAAACAAUUUAAAUUACAUUAUAUCAGGAGCGGGGAACCUUUUGAAGCCCAAGGGCCACAUUGUCUUCUCGGCGGCCUCCCAGGGGCCACAUGCUAGCGGUGAGCAGGGCUAGAGACAAAAGUGAUCAGAACAACACAUGGGAAUUUGGCCUUGGGCCGUAGGAUAGUUUCUGUGCACACCCCACUUUAUCCUCUGCCCCAGCAAAACAUGAUGCAUGGUCCAGAUUCCAAGAUACAUUUCAACCAGGCAAAGACACCCUAGGAGGGUGCAGAGCAAGGCAGUUGAGGAGUAUAGCUUGGGAGAGCAGGUGUGGCAGAGGAAGGGGGGGCAGUCAUGAGGACACAUGGAGACACCUGGGGAGGCUGCAGUUGGCCUCUGGGCCUGAGUGUUCUCCAAUUCUAAUUUACGACAUUUGAUUCCCCCUUCUUUUCAGACGUCCUCGACAAGGCAAAGAGUGAUGAUAUAGAAGCUGUCAAGAAAGCAAAAACACUCUACAGGUCUUGUGUAAACGAAAGUAAGUUCCUUUGCAAAUUGCCACAGGGGAGAGACACAGGCCGCCCAAGUGUCCCUGUUUCCCAGGGACGGUCCCAGAUUUACAGUUUCUGAUUUGAUCCCAGAAUGUCCUGCUUUUCCUUAGGACGCCCCCUAUUUUCACCGGAGAAGUGUUGGAGGGUAUGGUAGGAUGUCCCUGUUUUCAUCAGAGAAAUGUUGGAGGGUAUGGAGUUAUCCGACCCCCGAGCCAAGGAGAUAAGUAAAUAUACAACCUUUAGAAGAUGUCUGAAGGCAGUCCUGCAAAGCAAAGUUUUUAGAUAGUGUUUUGUUAUGUUUUUAUAUAUGUUGGAAGCCGCUCAGAGUGGCUGGGGUGUAAAUAAUAAAAUUAUUAUGAUGGAAUAAUGCCAUCUAACCUCCAUGCAAACAAACCAGGAUGAAUGCUCACUAAAUAGCCAACUUUGUCUAACUUCCCUGCAAACAUUUUCCCCCUCAAAGAAUUCUGGGCACUGUAGUUUGUUAAGGAAUGCUGGGAAUUGUAACUCUGAGAUGGGUAAAGUACAGUACCCAUAAUUAUAUGCAGGAAAGUGUGUGCUUUCAAUAUGCUUUAAAGGUAUAGUGUGUACACAGCCUUAGUUGAUGGAUUUCCCAUGCAAGUAGCUAGCAGGAUCUCUUAGGAGGGUCCUGCCAACACCUGAAAAUGCAUUAUUGUAGGAAUCCACUCAAAACACACGGAAACAAGCCACAAUAGAAAAGAAGGGACCGCAACAACUUAGCAGAUAUAUCCAUCCAGGAUGAGAGGAGAGGAAACAGUAGAGGAUAAAUUCAUAUGGAAAUUAACGUAAGAUUUAAGUCUUAAAUGGGUUUAGAAUGGAUACAAUUGAAAGGAAGUGCUAAAAAACACCAUAUAUUCUGUCAUAUUUUAUCUGCUAGAUAUCAUUUCCCUUUUUGCUUACCAAUUUCCUCACCCCAGCCCCAAGAACUUUGGUCUCAAAUAAAUUUUGCCAGGGGAUAGAAGGCCUCUGCAGAAGAAACGUGUGUGUGUGUGUGUGUGUGUGUGUGUGUGUAUUUAGGCUUAUUUCCAUAUGUCAGUGUCAUGUGCUUUUGAGACAAGUAACUCAUGGAAGUUUUUCCCUCCACCCACAAGCCACUAUUGAUAGCAGAGGAGGCAAACCACUCAUUGACAUCUUGCCAACUUUUUCUGAUUGGCCUGUGGCAUCAGACUCCUGGGACGCCGAUUACGGUAGGACUGUUCUUCUCCAGCUCCAUUUUCAAAUACUGUAUAUUCAUGAGGGGUAGGGUUGCAUGUGUCAAAAUGCUGAGUGUGAGCAUGUUUUUGCUGUUUUAGGCGCCUCAUGGAACGCAGAGAAGUCUAUCGCAGAAUUAAACUCUAAGUAUGGAAAGAAGGUCAUCAUUAGCCUGUUUGUUGGUACAGAUGAUAAAAACUCCACGCAACAUGUAAUCCAUGUGAGUUGAUCACGCUUCGAAAGGCCUUGCAGCUUCACACAACCACAAGGAGGUGUGAGUUCAGCAGUGGCCAUCUAUCUUUCUCCUACAGACAGUUGUGUGGCAGUCACUGAAGGAGUGCCAUGCAUAUAUACAACUAGCUCAUGCUCUGUGAGCACAUAGGCAUAGCCAACAUCUUGCUCUCCAGAUGUUGACUCCAGCUCCCAUCAGCCCCAGCCAGUGUGGCCUGUGAUCAGAUAUGAUGGAAGUUGUAGUCCACUGUGGAGUGCACUGUGUUAGCUACCCUUAGUAUUUUUGUUCAUUUUUCUUGUUUAGCCAUAUUUUAUUAUUAAGGGAAACCUGUUACAAUCAAUCAUUUCAUUUCAGGUUUCACGUAAUGUCAGACUCCCAUUUUCCCUGCAAUGUACGGAAUAUACUUAGUCAGGCUAAGUCAAGAUGACAUGAUCUUCUCUGAGAAUGCUGUUCAAAUUCUUUAACAGCAACACCAAUACUCUUACCCUGUGAGAGUUGACUUUUAGGUGAACAGAAUGUGUGUUGCCUACAAUGUUUUUGUUGUGGGGGGCAUAUAAAUACUAGAAAGGUGUGUGGGUCAAUACCACCUCCUCUGCAUUUCCUUUUCCCCAUGUCUUAGGAUAGGGAUAUGGAACCUGUGGUCCACCAUGUGCUGCUGGACUCCAUCAACCCAACCCCAGCCAGCAUGGCCAAUGAUUAGAGAUGGUGUCUGUAGUUCAACAACAUCUGAAGUGCCACAGGCUCCCCAUCUCAGACUUAGGUUCUAUAUUGCCUCCUUCCCCACUCCCAGUGGUAGUCCACAAAAGAGUGUGCCAUGGAAGCACACAGCUUGGGGCUGACAAUCGCAGCCCUGUGAAGACUUGGGAUCCAUGUCUUGGGACCCUACAUGAUGCUGUCUCCUAUCAUUGAUGAUGUCUCAAAACAUAGCCCAAGGUGGUCCCGAGAGGAAGGGCAUCACCUCACAUCCAGCCUCCCAUCAGCUGCAUCACAUUGCUUACUUGGCAGGAGACAGUCAAGGCGCAAGGAGGUCAGUGCAGGGCUGGUGCUAUGCUUGCACCAGAUUGACUCUGCCCUUGCACAUGCACCUCCCCAACAGCUCAUCCCUACCCCUCCCAGUAAGCACAGCAUUAUAGUUGAGGGGUCGAUAGGUUUGUGACACCAGUCCUUCCCAGCAGCCAUCUCUGUGGGAGAGGUAGGUGCCGUGGUCCCCAAACAUUUAUCUGCCCAUGGAUUGCCAUUCUUUCUGAAGCCUGUGAACAUAUUUUACAAUUGGUUUUAUAGAUCGAUCAGCCUGGACUUGGACUCCCUUCCCGCGAUUACUAUGAAUGCGCUGGAGUAUACAAAGAGGUACGCUGGGACAAGGAUCUCCUACAGCUCUCUCUUGAAAAGAGAGGCUCCAAAAACUGCUCGCUUCCUAACUAAUUCCGAAGCCUCACUGAGGCUAAUAUGCCUGUAGUGGAUAUCAGAAAGGCGGUCUUCACCACCUUUCUGAUGUCCUAGUUUCUUUAUAUCUUAAUUCCUUCUGUAUUUAAAAUGAAAUUGUCCCAUCACAUAUUGAAAUUCUUUACGUUCAUAUUGUCACAUCAAGUUAUGCCCUUUUGAUGCCUGGCACAGGAAAUUCAAGGCAACACUGCUGGCCUCAUUCACAUGGGCCCCAUUGUGCAGGAACCUACCCUGCAUAUAGAUGAGAAAUGAGCCUGCAUAUGAGCCAGCACCCAGUGUGGUGGAAUUGGUUGUGUUGACCUAAAUCUGCCUCUGUUCUGCUAGUCAGUGUAGAUAACGCUGAGCUAGAUUGGCCAUUUGUCUGACUCAACAGAAGGCAGCUUCCUAUGCUCACUUUGGGAGUAGAAUCUUUGAUAAGAAGCAGAACAUCCAUCACAGGCACUGCUAGCCCAAGUCAUUCUGCUGCUUGAGUCCAAGGGCAAGAUAGCACCCUUUAAUUUCACACGUGGAAUCCAACUGGACCCACAGUUCAGUUGUACUUCAGCACUGGUGAUGGGACAGCACCUCCCAUCCCAACAUUCUGCCUCAUGGUAGGGCCGGCUCCGAUCACAGAACUUCCUACAGAUACCUGAAGAAGAUACACUGGUUACAGUGGUGCCCCGCAAGACGAAUGCCUCGCAAGACGAAAAACUCACUAGACGAAAGGGUUUUUCGGUUUUGUGUUGCUUCGCUAGACGAAUUUCCCUAUGGGCUUGCUUCGCAAGACGAAAACGUCUUGCGCUUUUUUUUAAAAAGCCGCUUGAAGAGGCGCAGUUGCGACGGACCGUGCUUCGCAAGACGAAAAACAUCGCAAGACGAAAAGACUCGCGGAACGAAUUCUUUUCGUCUUGCGAGGCACCACUGUAUUUGACUACACAGGAAUCAUUGUUCCUGUAAUGAGUAUAUGGUAUCAGCUCAUCCGCUUGAUGCCGCAGUCUAGAAACCACAGUUUCAGAAACUCUAAUUAAGUAAGGUGCUUAGGAAAUCUGCAAUUUAUGCAGUAGGUUUUAAGUACACAUUAGGAAAUAUGUAAUUAUGCUCAUAAGGAAGGACUGGUACAGCAUUGUGAUUGGUCUUAAUUAGAGACAUAUAACCAUUUGCCAGUUGGGUUUGUUAUUAUUGUUAACAUUAUUUUGACAUGGAUUGUUGUGAGGCCCUCCCACCCGCACCCUGAGCUAACUAUUCAUUUUCCUUUUCAAUAAUAGUAAUUUAACAAAGCUGUGACUGUUUAAAAAGAUAAUGCACAAGGGCAAAGAAAAAAGGGUGCAUGUAAAAGAAAUUAUUGUUCAGGGAAAGGGUAAAAUAAAGUAGAAUGGCACAGCACACUGAGAGUCAAACCAGAUGUCAUGUUAAUCCUGCCAUGGGAAGUUGGACUUCCCAUUCAUUCAGAUGGGAGUUUUUUCUCUCCUGAAAAUUGAAUACACAAGAGGCCUGAUUCAGCUCAGGAUCACAGUAGGGGACAAAUGGCUAAAGUCCCUCAGGCCAGGAUCCUGAUCCAUAUUGAGCCCCCUUUCAUUGACUAUUUCUGCAAGAAAAAUCCUGCACUUAAGAACAAAUGUCAUGAUUAGCAUCACAUCUAGUUCAGUCCUCAAUGCAGGACUUGUGCAGACAGCAGCAUCCCUAGAGCACAUUCUCUCCUCCCCAUCGUAUGUAAGUUCACUUACCCACAAAAGGGACAUCACCAGAUUGUGCAUUUCCCCAUCCUAUUUAAUUAAAUGAAUGUAAACUCCUGGUGGUUAAUUUGGGCACGUUGUGUUCUUGCACCUUUAGUCUCGUACUUGUCUUUUAAUGAUAGAAUUGCAGAAGUUGGAGUUGGAAUGAACUGCAAAAGUCAUCUAGUCCAACACCAUGCAAUGCAGAAAUCUCAGCUAAAGCAUCCAUGAGAGAUGGCCAUCCAACUGCGGCUUAAAAACCUCCAAGGAAGGAGAGUCCACCACCUCUCGUGGGAGUCUGUUCCACUGCUGAACAGCUCUUACUAUCAGAAAGCUUUUUCCAAAUGUUUAGCCGGAAUCUCCUUUCUUGUAACUUGAACUGCACUGAGCUAGGUUGGAUAGAUUGUUAUUUUUUAUGCUUGUUUUUCGUAUUUUGCAGAGCACUUUUUUAAAAAAGUUGGAGAGUAUUGGGACUGGAGAGAAAAAAAAUGUGGUGGUUUUUUGGGGUUUUUUUGCAGAACAGCUGCUGCUGUUGCAGACAAAGGGAGGGAAAACCAUGUCAUGAAAUUCUACACAAUUCGUGGGAAAUGUGGAGAAUCCAAUACAGGCAUGCUGGUUUGGGUGGCAGCCCCAUGCCAAGUUUAUUUCUGCCCGAAGCUGCAAGAAAAAGACAGUGCCUACAUCGCACAAGUAUCAACUUGGCUGUUCUGCAUAACAUCCAACAUGCAUUUGCAAAAGUGUUUUUUUCCCUCUCCCCUCCUCCCCUCCCCCUUUACAGGCAUGUUUAGCCUAUAUUGAGUUCAUGAUUUCCGUAGCAAAGCUGAUCCGCCAGGAAAGAGGUCUUGCGAUCGACGAGAACCAAAUUUCCAUAGAAAUGAACAAAGUUAUGGAUCUGGAGAAAGAGAUUGCAAAUGUAAAUAAGCUCUUCUGUUUUCAUGCACACAAUUAACUGAGAUUAAGGUUAAAAUGUUUAGUGUGGGGUUCUUAAGCUGUUCUUGGAGGGUCACCCAACCCACUGAAACUGAUUUUCAAGGAGAAGGUGAAAUUGGUCAAAAUACCCUCCCCACUUUUUUUGCUAGUGGAGCUGAUGAAAAGCCCUUCUUUAAUGGAAGGACACAAUUAGAUUCAGCCCUUUUCCUUCUCCUUCUGCAAACUGAUACAAUCAGUGGUGCACAUUAUGGAUCUAAUGGUCUUAUGUGGGGUUGGGUGGCUCCUUCUUUAGAUGAUAACAUGUAUUGGUUCACUCAUUUCAAACUGAAAACCCAACCCUGCUGAUUCUGUUGCACGGGCAUUUUGACUCCUGUCCCAAAGUCAUGCCUUGAUGACACCUCUGUGUGGGGUGUGAAACACAGAACAGUCAAAUACAACAUUCCUAGAGUGGACAUGUUUAGACAUGAAGAGGGAUGUUUGUCCAGCCAGUAGAUAAACUUCCUGUUUCCUCCUGUGCUGGGACAAACUUUCUCUACAUGUGACCAGAGGUGGGUGUGACCUCACCUGUGCAGGUAACAAAAGCACAGGACUGGGCACCACAUCUCUCUCUUCUCCAUUUUACUUUAAUCAAAGAAGCAUCAGCCUGAGAUGCUUCCGGCCAAGAGAGGACAAAGGAACUAUCUCCCUGUGGGAUAGAUUCCAAUUGUAUAUAUUUUGUAACUUAAGUCUGCCUUCUGGGAUCCAUCUGAGUGCAGAACGUGUGAGUAAACUCUUUUAUACUUUUAUAUAAGACUGUGUCAUGUCUAUUCCUUUUAGGAGGGAAUAAAGGGGAAUUACCAGGAAACUUAUUUUAGAGGCUUAAGCAAGCCUGGCAAAACAUUAUCUGCUGUGUAAGUUUUAAAAAAGGGAAUGUUACUCUGCUAAAUUGUAGAACUUGUUAAAACAAGUUGGGACGGAUAUAAUUAAACAAUAUAUCCUCUCCUGCCUCCCUGAACAUUCCCACUCAGAAGAAGAAGAAGAAGAAGAAGAAGAAGAAGAAGAAUUGUAUACUUGCUUUAGUAGACUGAAGAUGCUCACAGCUACCACAUGGGAUGGGAGGGCAGAACAGAUGGCUAAGUGGGGGAGAAGAUAAUUUCCUUGCUGCGAUUGUCUCUCUGGGCUCCUGGAGACAGCAUCCUCCUAUGUUCUCGGGGAUGCAGCUUACAACUGAGAGCCUAGGAAAACAGAUCAAGGGGGAAAGAGGCAGAUAACUUUUCAGGAUAUCUAUUUUUCAACAACAUCAUUUGACUAAUAGAAUUAGCUAGCUAUGUGAUUUCUGAUUUCUGCCAUAUUUUAACAAGACAGCUUAAGCACCUUCAAUUAUAUGAUUUAGAGAUCUUGGUGCCUAUUUGUUUGAUGCUUCUAUGUGUCUCUGUUUUUGCUGUUGCAUCCUCAAAGAAUCUCCUCUGUCUCCUGCUAAUUUGUUUUUCUAGGCUACAACCAAAGCUGAUGACAGAAACGACCCUCUCCUGCUGUACAAUAAAAUGACACUCGCCAAUGUCCAGAAGAACUUCACUUUUGAAGUUAAUAACCAGGUAAAAGAUCAAUAGCAGUUUUUUUCACCUUCAGUGACUGGCUAUAAUCAAUGCAGUGGUGUGACAUGAACUCUUCUUUUGAACUGAAAAUGAUGACCUAAAUUUGUCAGCCUGUUGUAUUCUGCCGUGAAAGCAAGAAAAAAGACAACGAAGGUCCUGAUCCAGUGGUGUGCAUGUGGUGCCCUUUGAAACAAUUGAUGAUCACGCUAAAUAGUCAGAAGUGGUUUGUCCAGCAAGGCAGGGCUUCAUUGCUGGUUUCCCAGCUGCAACAUGGCUGCUGCUUACUAGAAAUGAAGUGGUGCUGAGGUUAAGCCUGAGCAGAGCCAGUCCAGUGAUUUCAAUGGCGCACUCAUGCAGCCCCUACCUUGCCACAGCAUCAUAUCUCUGGAAAGUGGGAGCAGUUUUUUUGUUUUUACUGGAACUUAUGGGAUCUAAAACAUACAAGCAUCAAGCCAGAUUAAGAAUGGCUGAAGCCUUGGAACUAUGCUAAUUAAUGAGGCUCUUUCGCCAUGCAUAUUUUGCCGGGUAGAUCAGGAUCCACAGAAAAUAUAUCAAGUGUUUCAUGUAGUUGAUAGCUAGACAAAGUUUACUGGUAGGUAUCAAAAAUGGUUGAAGUCUAGCAUAUAUUUAUAUUUUUAAAUCACAGAGCCUAGGGCUUGUGGUUGUAGGUCAGCGGUUUGAAUACGCGCGAUGGGGUGAGCUCCCGUUGCUCGGUCCCUGCUCCUGCCACCUAGCAGUUCGAAAUCACGUCAAAGUGCAAGUAGAUAAAUAAGUACCGCUCCGGCGGGAAGGUAAACAGCGUUUCCGUGCGCUGCUCUGGUUCACCAGAAGCGGCUUAGUCAUGCUGGCCACAAGACCCAGAAGCUGUACGCUGGCUCCCUCAAGCGCCGCAACCCCAGAGUCAUCCACGACUGGACCUAAUGGUCAGGGGUCCCUUUACCUUUACCUUUUACCGUUUAUCUAAUACGCAUUAAGGAAAGAUGAUUAAUGUGACAGUUUCUGUAAGUCCAAAGGCUGAGGUCCUUGGCCUUUGUGAUCUAUUUAUAAGCCUGUCAGUUGAUUAAGGGACUUUUGUGUCGGUGAACUUGCCUUUCAACCUAUUAAUCGUUUGGUUUGGUUUGUUAUGUAUUUAUAUGCAAGGGGUGGGGGACAUUUAAUAAAAAAUAGAGAAAAUAUAAAACAAAACUAAUAUUUCAUGGGUCUUGGACAUAUUACAAUACUACCUGCCGGUACAAGUGUGUGGCCCCAACUUUGCUGCCAUCCCAUUCUGGCCCCAUCCAGGAAACCAACAGUGACUUUGGGGGAGGGAGGGUGGCAAGCUAAGCAGAUUCAUCAGAUCAGGUUUGGAACUAAAAUGAAUUCCUAUCCCUCAAAAACAUCAAUAUUCCACAUCAGCAACAGUUAGCAUCUAAUAGCUAAAUAGCAAUCUGUAUUUGGCAGUAUACACAGCUAUCAUGUAGUAGUCAAUAUUGGACAUGAUAUUUGCAAUAACGUUCAGUAAAUUUCAUCCAUUCUUUUACCAUUUGGCAGGGAAAUUGUAAACAUGUUAACAGUCAAAUAUGAUUUUUUUGUGCCAAAUUCCAGUUCUCAAAUUCAAAUAUCAAAUCCUAAAAGAAAAAAAGAAAUAUAAAAUUGCAUCCAAUGUUGAUUUAAAAAAAAAUCAUUGGUUUGAAUCAGGGUGCCAAAAUCAACUAUGGUUGGAUCAUGUCCAACAAGUCCCUUUGAUUAUCAAGAUUGUAAUCACAACAUAAGGGCACUUAGGAUUGUUUUACAGCUCAUUAACCUUAAUUGAAAUGAAUUCAGCUUAGUUUAUUGCCUAUUGGCCAAGAGCUUCCAAGACACAUUACUGGACAGAGGUUUGUUGUUAUCUACCAAAUGGGCUCCCCCCCCCCUUGUUAUGUAUGAGGAAUUUGUUUACAGCAGCAGUCUGGCUGUGGAGAGCCAAAAGGCAACAGGCAAAAGUGAAUGGCACUUUUCAUAAAUGAUGAGGACAGUUUUAAUUGGCCAGCACCGUUUCCUUUUAAAAAUGGUUGCUUUUUCAAAAUUUCAAUUUUUAUAUAAUAUACUUCUGAUUUUCACUAGAUUCCCCACCCCACCCCAAUAUAUAAUAUUAGCUUGCUAUUAUAGUUGUGGCAAGUUAUUUUUGCUUGUGAGCCAUCCUAGGUGAGGUUGGCAAGAUGUAAAUCCAAUAUAUCAUUAAGGAAUACAGAACACAACAGACAUAUGCAUGUCUACAGUGGUGCCUCGCAAGACGAAAUUAAUCCGUUCCGCGAGAGUCUUCGUCUAGCGGUUUUUUCGUCUUGCGAAGCAAGCCCAUUGACGGAUUAGCGCUAUUAGCGCUAUUAGCGGUUUAGCGGCUAUUAAAGGCUUAAAGGCUUAGGGGAUUAGCUGCUAAAAGGCUAUUAAAGGCUAUUAAAGGCUUAGCAGAUUAGAUAAAGGGGGGGGGAAAGCGAAAAAAAAAUUUCAAGACUCGCAAGACAUUUUCGUCUUGCGAAGCAAGCCCAUAGGGGAAUUCGUCCUGCGAAGCAACUCCAAAACGGAAAACCCUUUCGUCUAGCGGUUUUUCCGUCUUGCGAGGCAUUCGUCUUGCGGGGCACCACUGUACUUAGAAAAAAAAAGUCUCAGUGUGUUCAAUGAUACUUACUUCCAAAUGAGUGUAGAGGAUUGCAGCCUGAAAUCUUCCCAAGGCACACAAGUCACUCAGCACAAGAAACCGUAAAAGAGUUAAUGAUCACCAAUGCGUUUUUCUUACGCUUUUAUUCACAUGUCAUAAGUUAAAGUGCAUUCAUUUUUCUUCCAGCAAUUCAACUGGUUAACAUUCAUAAACCAUAUCAUGUCAACUGUGCAAAUUAAUAUUGGCGAAACUGAAGAUGUGGUUGUUUAUGCUCCAGACUAUCUCAACAAGCUAAAAGCUAUCCUUAAUAAAUACUCUCCCAGGUAUGUAUGCAAGAUACAUUUUAAAGUUUUGCUUUUUACAUUGCUAAUACGUUCCACUGUUUAAAAAGAAAAGUCACAAGAUUCUACUUCUUGUUUUAUCAUUUAGAGAAAUUCAGAACUACAUGAGCUGGAGAUACAUAAUGGAUAUGGUAAACACUCUAAGUCGUAACUACAGGGACACAAGGAAUAAUUUCCGUAAGGUGCAGAAAUUCAUAUUUUGUUUUAUAUUUAACAUUUAAGAUUUGCAGUGUCUAAACCAUGGGUAGACAAACAGUACUUCUGUCUUGUCAGGAUUCAGCCUCAAUCUGUUAGCUGCCAUGCAUCCUCCAGCUGCCUCCAGACACUCACACAGGAUCUUCACUGCCUUCACUGGUUCUGAUUUGAAAGAGAGGUAGAGCUGGGUAUCAUUCACAUACUGAUGAACACCCAACCCAAACCCCCUGAUGAUCUCUCCCAGCGACUGAAUGUAGAUGUUGAAAAACAUGGGGGAGAGGACAGAACCCUGAGGCACCCCACAAGUGAGAGCCCAGGGGUCUGAAUACUUAUCCUCCACCACCACUUUCUGAACAUGGCCCAGGAAAAAGGAGUGGAGCCACUGUAUAACAGUGCCCCCAGCUCCCAGCCCCUCUAGACGGUCCAGAAGGAUGUUAUGGUCGAUGGUGUCAAAAGCCACUGAGAGAUCCAGCAGAACUAGGAAACAGCUCUCACCUUUGUCCCUAGCCCACAGGAGAUCAUCGACCUGUGCAACCAAGGCAGUUUCAGUCCCAUGACAAGGCCUGAAUCCCGACUGGAAGGGAUCCAAAUGGUCCACUUCUUCCAGGUGUGCCUGGAGUUGUUCAGCAACCGCUCACUCAAUCACCUUGCCCAAGAAUGGAAGAUUUGAGACUGGGCAAUAGUUGGCCAUAUUGGCUGCAUCUAAAGAUGGUUUUUUAAGAAGCAGUCUUCACUUAAGGAUAUCAGAAAUGCCUCUGCCCAAGACCUUGAAGAGCCAAUGUCAGUGUAGACAAUGCCAAGCUAGAUGAUUCAGUAUGAGGGUGCUGUAGGUGUUCAUAAAGUGUAUUGCUGGCAUUCAUACCACUUGCUGGUAAUGCAACCAGGUCUAUGCACAUCAAACCUAAUAUAAAAUGACACCAUUGGCUGUCUUGUUUCCUUUUGGGCCCAAUGCACACUGCAGCUAUUUGUCUUUAAAGCCUAAAUGGCUUGGGUCCCAAAUACCUGAAGAGAGCACCUGUCCUCAUGUAAAUGCAUGUUUUUGAAAAAAACAAAACAAAACAUCAAAUCCCUAUCUAUGCUCUGGCACAUAUAAAUCUGAGGGCAACAAGAACUGCAUUGGGACAGGCAUGUGGAAUUGAUACGGGUGAGCCAAUAUUUAGAAAACAGAUUUUAAAAUGUUCUCUGAAAUCCCAAGGAUUUCAGAGGUGUCCUCCUGAUCACCUAAACGGCUCUUGCAAAUCACUCCAGGGAAAAAGCAGGCAAUUGUUUGUUUACCUUGCCUUUUGUCCAAGAAGCUCAAGAGGCAUGAGGUUUAUAUAAGUCCAACUUGUCCUCUUCUUGAACUGGAUAAACAGGUUUCAGAAUCUAUAGAGGUGAAAGUACAUGGUGAUUGUUGGGGGUGCCCAGACAUUGGCUAGAUGGGGACGGGCAAAAGCUGGUUUGUGGAAAUGUCAUUGUGAUUAGGAGCCAUGGAGUUGGGCCAGCACAUCUCUAGAAGGAAAGAAAGGUCAAUAUAGCUGGAUAAACAAAGGCAGAGCCAGGAAACUCAUGUGCAAUUUCUCUUCUGAAAAAUGCACUGUCAUUGGAUUGGGACCAUGCAUGUUUUCAGACAGCGUAUACAGAACGGUAAAUGUUACCUCUAAUACAGCCUCCCCCAACUUCUUGCCCCAGGUUGAAGAAAGUUGCUCCACUAGUUCUCUGUCCAGCAAACUGGAGUUUAUUUUGUUCUUCUUUAAACAGGAGAUUGCACCCAUAGGAGAAUUGUGCGUGGUGUGUGUGUGUCUGCUGUAGUCUGUGUUUUCCAUGGCCACUAGUGAAUUGACCAUAGCAGAUGGGUUCUGCUUAUAUUAUGUAUUCGAUUUCUAGCUUGCUACUCCAUCUUUAAGAAAAAGUGCCCAAGGCAGUUAAUGAAACAUAGAAAUACCAAAUCCAACAUCACUAUAUGCUGCAUUGUGUUACAAACAAAGGGCACAAUCCAACCAAAGUUAAGUCCCACUGAUUUCAGCGGGGAAGCAUACAUGAGCUGAGUUGUCCUCUUGAAAUAAGUAGGCCAAAAGGAGCUUAACUUUGACGGGAUUGCAGCCCAUGUUGUCUUUAUUUCGGGAUCUGAGAUGUCUAUAUGAGUGUUUGUAGGGGUGAAACAAAUUAGAAGUCGAAACUCUGAACUCUGUUCAGAUAUUCUUUUGCAGUGCUAAAUCACAGGCCCGUUGAAAAGAAAAGGGGGGGGGAUUCUGAAACAAUGCAGUCUUCAAGGGAGUUAGACUAGAGGCAGGCUGUUCUUUUCUUCCAGUUUUACUGAUAAUGCCUCCUCUCUGCCUCGUUCUUUAUGCACUUAUUAGGACCGAAAACAACCUAUUUUUUCCCAGCGCCUUUAAUUUCGUCCAAAGGGUGGAAUUCAUAAAUGAUUACUUAGAACUUCAGACACAAGGUCAAGUGAACUGGCAACUGUGGAGAAAGAUACAGAAAUAACUAUUUCAGUAGUGAGGGAAAACGACAUCAUUUUUGCAACCUUGCUAGCUUAAUUCACUGUCCACACACUAAGCUGUAAACCAGGCAUGGGCAAUGACCAAUUGCUGCUAGACUGCAGCUCCCAUCAUUGCAGACCACUGGCCACGCCAGAUGGGGUGAACAGUUUUCUCAGCAUAGACCAUGUUACCCCCAUGUAGCGCUGGAUAUAUUCAUAUGGAAAGAUUCUACCGUGAUCAAUGGAGGUUUUUUGAAAUGCACAGGUUGUUGGCAACAUGUGUGGCUGAUAAAGUGGGCUCCACACAGACACACUUUUGGUGCUGUGCCAGAGAUGGUAGUGGCAGCAGAAUGAACGCUAACGCCUCCGAUUGUGGGCGCCCUUUGCGGGACCGCGCACAGCACCCCUGAGCCACAUGAGACUUAUCAGCUGGUUGUGCUGGCCCACCUUCCUUACGUCGCAGUAAUUGGGGGUUCCCGCCAAACCCCGGUUCAAAUAAUCCAAUCAGUGGCUUUGGUGGAGGUGGAGCCAGCCAAGCAGACCACAAGUGAGCAGGCUUCAGAAUCACUCUGUAUCCAAGCAGAAAUAAGCAAUAGAAUUCCAAGAGUUCCCUCAUACACUGUUUCAAGGUCUUGUGGUGAAACCGGACCCCAAAGAAUUUUUUUUCUUUUGACAGCACACUGAUGUGGUAGGAGAUAAUGGGACCUUAAAGGUUAUUGUGGGCUACAGUUGAAAACAAAGCAAUGAAUGGAUUCACGUUUGUUUGUCUUAAAAUUAAAAACUGGUGAAUAAAAACUGCAUUCCAGAACGUAACCAUGAAAUCUUCUACACUGCCAUCACCCCAAAGCCAGUGUCUUUCUGAAGUCAGAAUAACUUUGAACUGACCCUUCCGUAAUAAUAUACUUCUUUUCAAAAUAUAAAGCAAGAAAACCACUGUGGUGGGCCGUGGAACGAAGAACUCAGCUUGCCAGAAGAUUGCUUUGAUGCUUACUAACACGACUGUAUCAGAUUUCUCUACCAUAGCGGAGUUCUUAAGCCUCGGCUUCUUCUCACCUAGUGCAGCAAGGUCACUGAAGGUAGAAUCUGCACAGCCCAAGGAUACUGCUUUCUUUGCAGGCAAUAGAAGGCACAUGAAACAGUAGUAAGUUUCACUGAAGCUUCAAAGUUUCAUCUAGCUCUAAUGGUUUGCAUGCAGAGCUGUGAAAUUGACUGGGAGCUCUUUCUGCAGGGGAGAGAUAUGACAGUAAUCCGUAUGGCACUUGCAAACCGGUUCUUCAGGAAAUUCCUCAGCCCACCUGUUGCUGAGCCCUGCCCGCUGAGCCCUGCCAGCUUUCUCACAGGAACAUGUAAACAGAUGAAGCUGCCUUAUAAUGAGACAGGUCAUUGGGUCAUCUAGCUGUUGUCAUGGCACACUCUCCAUGACUAUGACUCCCAUCAUCUCCAACCAUUUGCCAUGCUGGCUACAGUAGAUGGGAAUUGGAAUCCGGCCAUAUUUGGAGGGCACCACAUUGAAUACUCCUGGUCUACAAUGACUGGUAGUGGCUUUCUAGGGUUUCAGACAGAGGACAUCUCCAGCCCUACCUGGAGAUGUUGGGGAUUGAACCUUGGACCUUCUGCAUGCAAAACCACUGCUCUUCCACUGAACUACCUGCCCCCAGCAUCCUUUGUUAUUUGUUGUUGUUUAGUCGUUUAGUUGUGUCUGACUCUUCGUGACCCCAUGGACCAGAGCACGCCAGGCACACCUGUCUUCCACUGCCUCCCGCAGUUUGGUCAGACUCAUGUUUGUAGCUUCGAGAACACUGUCCAAACAUCUCGUCCUCUGUCGUCCCCUUCUCCUUGUGCCCUCCAUCUUUCCCAGCACCAGGGUCAUUUCCAGGGAGUCUUCUCUUCUCAUGAGGUGGCCAAAGUAUUGGAGCCUCAGCUUCACGAUCUGUCCUUCCAGUGAGCACUCAAGGCUGAUUUCCUUCAGAAUGGAGAGGUUUGAUCUUCUUGCAGUCCACGGGACUCUCAAGAGUCUCCUCCAGCACCAUAAUUCAAAAGCAUCAAUUCUUCGGCGAUCAGCCUUCUUUAUGGUCAGCAUCCUUAAAGGACACCAAAGGGAAAGGAAGGAACUCCUGUUGUAUCAAAAAGUAGUACGCAAUGAACACAGGCAAAGCCAGCUGUUCUGCAGCAGUCUAGGUCACUUUGAUUUUCAUAGGGCUCAUUCCCUGUAGGAUGCAGCCUUGAAUGAAUGGUGUCUCCACACUGGGCCCUCCAUAUUACCCAGAAAGUGGGUUUAUAUCCAGAAGAGGCUCACUGGUUGGGGCAGAGCCACUACUUUAGCUUUCCCGCGGGUGGGUCACUGUCAUUUACUGAGGAGAAGAGGAGGAGGAGGUUGUGGCCAAGUGGAAGGUGCAGUGCUAAUGCAAUGGCAGGAGCAGCAGAUGGGUGGGAGAACAUUUCAUAGCUGCAAACAGGAAGAUGCAGAGAGAGUUGCAUGGGCUCACUUAACCUGUGUUCCUGUUUAAAUAUCACUUAAUGUCUAUUAACACCAAGCCCACGAGAUUAAUUGAAAGCACCUAGUGAUGCUACAAAGUCUCUCCUCUUGCUUGUCACUAAUUUCUCAAAUGCUUACGCUUAACAGGUGCUUUACGGCACAACCUCGGAUGCUGCUGUCUGGCGCCGUUGCGCAAACUAUGUCAAUGGCAACAUGGAGAAUGCUGUGGGAAGGCUGUAUGUACAAGAAGCAUUUGCUGGAGACAGUAAACACGUGGUAACACUCUUAGAUCAUUAACUGAUUAUUUAUUUACUGGGUAUUUAAACAGACGUUAGCUUUGGAUUAUUGGUGGGAAUGGCAAAAGCAGUGAUGUUGUUGCAGCACAAAAUACUUCAAGCCACUCCCCCCCCCCCCAGUGCAGUGGUGAAUGAGGAUGAAGUCAAAAGAGAUCACUCUCUCUGUUUGGCACUCAGUAGGACAGAAUUCUGCUGCCAAAAGCAGAGAUGAAACUUUACAUCUCCACACUGAGGUUUUUUUUGAAAAGUAGGCUUAAGAAGCUGGAAGAGACAUCUUUUGGCAGACAGGCUAAUGAUGGGAUUAUGUGUCUCUUCCUGGACUAUAAGCCAAGUUAUUAGCUAAUGAUGCAGAUUAGAAGUCCUUGCAUGUUGUAGAGUGAAGGUGCUAAAGAACAGUAGAUUACAGGAAAGGAAAUUCAGUUUAAUACACUUUGCUGAAAUUGGGGAGGGGUGUGUUAAUUGAUUCCCCCCCCAUCUUAGAAUAGAUUUACAAAUACCAUUUUAUUUUUAUUUUGUCUAAUGCUUCAAAAGAAACCAUUGGGGUUUGCAGCCUUCUCCACAGGAGCAGUGGCCAGUAAGGAAACAUGUCAAUAAGAAUAAUGUAUUCCAAGCUAAUCAUGAGUCCUCAUAUAAUCACAAUUGCCCUGGAUCUAUGUAUCUAUGAAAGAAAUGGUGAUCUGCAGAGCUCUGUCUUCAUCCUGCUGAACAGAUGGUCAUUGGAAGAUGGGAAGUUUACUCCCACAACUGGGGGUGGGGGUGUCUCCAUAAGCAGAGCAGCAGGUAUUGCCAUCUGGCCCUGUACCUAUGAGUUUGUGGCUGGAAGGAUUAUAUUGAUUAUAUGGGCUUCCUGAUGCAGGCAGUUACCCCUCCACCCAUCUUAUGGUGGGUGAAUCACCUGCAUUCAGAGUAUUCCUUGCUGGACUGGGAGUUUGGUGAAUGUGUUCCAUCUUCACAAAUUUCAGCAACCAGUUAGGUGACUUGCCAAAGAGUGGAAUCUAUACAAUGGGCAUACAUACACCUAGAGAAAGGCAAGCCACAAAGAUGAUUAAAAAACACCUUUGUAUACAUGCGUGCAGGACCGGAUUUGGGUUUGAUGAGGCCCUAAGCUACUGAAGGUAAUGCGGCCCUUUAUAUGUCCAGCUGUCCUUUUGUCAACAACAAAUUGUUGCUGCUUUUUUGGGUUGAAUAUAUGCUAUAUGGUAAUUUGUGGACCUCAUAGGUAUCUAAAGCCAUUUGCACAUAAUAAAUAAGUAUUUUAUCAAAGCAAUGAUUGAACUAAAAUACAAUUAAGAAGAAGUAUAUUAAUAGUGAUAGUGAUAUUUUAAGGAGCAGGCUAGCAGACGGGGCCCAUUACUUACAUCAUAAGAGCUUGCACAACACAAAACACUCUUGCUGUAUGUAGGUUUUAUUUUAUUUGUUUUUUUAUCUCAUAUUUUGGAAAUGUACAUCCAGUGUCUUUUUUCUUUAAUUUUUUUUUGGGACCGGACCCCCAAGAGAGUGGGGCCCUAAGCUAUAGCUUGUUUAGCUUAUACAUAAAUCCGGCACUGCAUGCAUGUGUGCGCCAAAGCAGCAGGAGGCCAUACGUACAUGCCUCAUUAUUAGUCUGCUGCAGAGUGAGGUGUCCCCGGGUCUACCAUAUGAAUAAGACGGAAGCAGCUCAAGAAGGACUGGUGAUUAUAUUUUCAUAAAGGAGACUUGGAGGGUCACUUAGGACCAAACUAGAUGUGACUCCAAUCCUGAGAAUGCACGUAUUGUUGCAUUAAUAGCAGCUGCGGGGAAGCCUAAGCAGCUUUGCAAAUGGUGCCAAUGGGGAAUUUCUCUUUACAUGGAGAUGAGAACACAGGAAGAUGACUUAUACCAAGAAAGAUCAUUGAUCCAUCCAGCUCAAUGUUGCCCAGUAGUUGUCUGUGUGGUGUCCUGCAGACUCCCAUCGUCCCUGACCUUUGGCCAUGCUGGGUCAGGUUAAUAGGAGGUGGAACCAUAGAUGUGCACUGCUUUGCAUUAACUGGCAGCAACUCUCUAGGGUUUCAGACAGGGGACAUUCCCAGUCCUACCUGAAGGCACCAGGAAGUGAACCUGGGACCUUCUGCAUGCAAAACAGAUGCUCUACCAUUGAGUUACUGCCCUUCCUAAAUACAAAUUGUAGCAUUGGAAUGGUGAUUCUAGUCAGGACCACAGCAGGAAGAGAAAGAAUUAAGCAUCCUCAGCCCUCCUGCCCUCACAGUUAUGAGGCUCUUCAAGCUUCCCAGCUUGGCUCCUGUUUACGUAACCAAAAUGUGCACAUUAUGGGCUUUCAUGCGAGUCACAUCUUGUUUGGCUCUAAACUACAAGCUGCUACUGCUUUAAUAGUAUUCACUUCUCACUAAGGGAUACGGGACGCGGGUGGCGCUGUGGGUUAAACCACAGAGCCUAGGACUUGCUGAUCAGAAGGUUGGUGGUUCGACUCCCCGCAAUGGGGUGAGCUCCUGUUGCUCGGUCCCUGCUCCUGCCAACCUAGCAGUUCGAAAGCACAUCAAAGUGCAAGUAGAUAAAUAGGUACCACUCCGGCAGAAAGGUAAACGGUGUUUCCGUGCGCUGCUCUGGUUUGCCAAAAGCAGAUUAGUCAUGCUGGCCACAUGACCUGGAAGAUGUACGCCGGCUCCCUCGGCCAGUAAAGCGAGAUGAGCGCCGCAACCCCAGAGUCGGUCACGACUGGACCUAAUGGUCAGGGGUCCCUUUACCUUUAAGGGAUACUAGCAUCUAUGGGACACGGGUGGCACCUUGGUCUAAACCAUUGAGCCUCUUGGGCUUGCCGAUCGGAAGGUUGGCAGUUCGAAUCCACACAAUGGGUGAGCUCCCAUUGCUCUGUCCCAGAUCCUGCCAACCUAGCAGUUCGAAAGCAUGCCAAUGCAAGUAGAUAAAUAGGUACCACUGCGGCGGAAAAGUAAACAGCAUUUCUGUGCACUCUGGCACUUGUUACAGUCCUCCAUGAACCAGUAGUGAUUUAGUCAUGCUGGCCACAUGACCUGGAAAGCUGUCUGUGAAAAACACCAGCUCCCUUGGCCUGAAAAGUGAGAUGAGUUCUGCACCCCAUAGUCACCUUUGACUGGACUUAAGCAUCGAAAGUCCUUUACCUUUUUCGUUACUAGCAUCAGUGGUUCUGUUAGGAGGAGGCUAGGACCACAAAUUCUCAGCAACCUCACCAAACUCCCCUUUCCAGGAAUCUUUAGUGGAAGCCAUGGCAGAUGAACUAGUAUUUAAACCAAUAUAAGUCUGCAGCAUAGAUAUACCACUAUAUUUUCAUUUGAAGGCAUAGAAAUGUAACAAAGGUGUUUUUUUUUCUUUUGCAAUAACUCCACUCCUUGGUAACUUUGGCUUUGCCGUAAUUUGACCUUGAAAAAUAAAAACAGUCAUUGUCAGUCUAUUUUGAAAAACAAAAGCCGAUGCUUCCAUCAGUGGCAACUGGGAUGCAACAUGCCAGAAUGUCACCCAUGUAUGAUAAAAAUUGAAUGAUUUAAUCUUGUUGUGCUGUACAUCCUCAGGUGCAAGAGAUGAUCACUCAGAUUCGUGAGGUUUUUAUACAAACACUUGAUGAGCUCAAUUGGAUGGAUGCAGAAACCAAAAAGAAAGCAGAAGAAAAGGCAAGUUUAUAAUUUUUAUAUAUAUAUAUAAUAGAAUUUGACAUUUGGAGGCCAAUGAAAGCCUGUUACUUUCUUUCUCCAAAAGAGAAGAUCAGAAAUAAUUCAUUGCAAAGAGUGGAACAGGUAGAACAUUCUUCAUGUAACACAGGGUUUCCCAAACUUGGGUCUCUAGCUGUUGUUGGACCAACUCCCAUCAUCCCUAGCUAGUAGGACCAGUGGUCAGGGCUGAUGGGAAUUGUGGUCCAAAAACAGCUGGAGACCCAAGUUGUGGAAGCCCUGAUGUGACAUAUGGGCUUAUUUCAUUGUCAUAGCAACAUAGAUGAGUAUUGUCUGUGUUGACUGCCAGUGACUUCCUUGGGUUUCAGGCAAAUUGCUCUCCCAGCCCUUCUUGGGUGAUAUUAUUAUGAUUACCUGCUCUUCACUAGCAGGUCAGGUUACAGCCAUCUAAAAUUCAACAUGAAAAACAGUUAAAAUAUAUCACAGUCCCAAGAACAGAGCCAUAAAAAUACAUAUCUCAUGUGUCUGAGGCCAUGGCAAAGAAGAGCAGCUUCAGGAUACAACAAGGACAAGGAAGACUUGAGUUUCCCAACGCUUCCAAAACCACUUUGGGAACUGGUAUCAUAAGCAAAGUAGCAGUUGCCCAGACCACCACUCAUUGAGUGGGCCUGGUUUGCAAAAUCUAGAAGAGCAAAUUGAAAAGCCUGUAGAUAACUUCUCGCCAUCCCUAUGAUGUCUGAAUGUACAACUUGAUUCCAGUUCUCCAGUGACCAUGGUUUAUUUUUUAGGCCAUAGCAAUCAGAGAAAGGAUUGGCUACCCUGAUGAGAUUCUGACGGAUACUAAUAAGCUGAAUGUGGAAUACAAAGAUGUAAGUACAUCUGAAAAACUAUUUUGGACAGCAGAGAGUGUUUAAGAUUUAAUGGUAGCAGGUACCAAGUGUCUACAUUGGAGGUAUAAGUGAAAAGCUUUAUGCCAGUGUGGUGAGGUGGUUAAGAGCGGUAGACUCGUAAUCUGGUGAACUGGGUUCACGUCUCCGCUCCUCCACAUGCAGCUGCUGGGUGACCUUGGGCCAGUCACACUUCUUUGAAGUCUCUCAGCCCCACUCACCUCACAGAGUGUUUGUUGUGGGGGAGGAAGGGAAAGGAGAAUGUUAGCUGCUUUGAGACUCCUUCGGGUAGUGAUAAAGCAGGAUAUCAAAUUCAAACUAUUAUUAUUAUUAUUAUUAUUAUUAUUAUUAUUAUUACACAGUCCACACAGCAGUUCCUCUAUUCCAGCUGAUGGGAGCCAUAGUCCAAAACAUAUGGGGGGUGCGAAGUUGGGGAAGAAUACUACUCGAGCAAAAAUGCUCCUCUAGUUUUUCCCUAAAGGUAAAGGUAAAGAGACCCCUGACCAUUAGGUCCAGUCGUGACCGACUCUGGGGUUGCAGUGCUCAUCUCGCUUUAUUGGCUGAGGGAGCCGGCGUACAGCUUCCGGGUCAUGUGGCCAGCAUGACUAAGCCACUUCUGGCGACCCAGAGCAGCGCACGGAAAUGCUGUUUACCUUCCCACCGGAGCGGUACCUAUUUAUCUACUUGCACUUUGAUGUGCUUUCGAACUGCUAGGUUGGCAGGAGCAGGGACUGAGCAAUGGAAGCUCACCUCGUUGUGGGGAUUCGAACUGCUGACCUUCUGAUCGGCAAGUCCUAGGCUCUGUGGUUUAACCCACAGCGCCACCCAUGUCCCUAGUUUUUCCCUACCCUCCAGCAAAUAACACGAGCAUUUCUCUCUCUUUCCUGUAAGCUGCACUACAAAGAAGAAGAAUAUUUUGAGAACAUUAUUCAGAACUUAAACUUUAGCCAGAAGGAAAGGCUGAAGAAGCUUAGAGAAAAAGUGGACAAGGAAGAGUACGUAUUUAAAUGGUUUACACUGUGAAUGUAGUGCUUAAAAAAUAAUAAUAAUCUGGUUCUGGCUAUUUGCAAAAGUGGCACCUGUUAGUAGCCAGAAGGGUUCAUCUUAACUUCAUGUUAAAGGAGAUAUCUUUGCCUUUGCACCAGGUCUCAUGAUUUUAAAACAAAGUUGGGGAAUCUUGAAUUCUAUUGCUAGUGUGACAGCAAUCAGGAAUUGAAAUACUAUACCUCGUAAUUUCUUUGUGUGCACUGUUCUUAUUAAAAGACUGGAAUGGAAAACUCUUGCAGGGAGGGCAAUGCACACAUAUUCUCAGGAUCAAUUCCCCUAAACUGUCCCCCAUUGAGCUUAACUGCGCUUCAGUGGUAUGUCAGCACCAGUGUGACCUGUGAUUAAUGCUAACUCAGGUUCCCACUAAACCAGAGCUCCUUGCAAAGGUCCAGUAGGAGUAAAACUGAAUCCAUGUGCUAGGGAGCAGCCCCUGUCAUGAUCUAUGGGCAUUCGUUAGCAUGUCGGUAGGGAGCCUCCAUGGGUGCAGUGGCCUUCGGUCAUGCUGCCCACCCAUUUGCCCAGCUGAGCUGACAGGCAAACAAGCUUACCAGGGAACUGAAUGCUGAAUCAGGCUUUCAGUCUUCUAUCAGUAUGGUGUAGUGUAUUCCUCCAUGGCACCCAUUCAUUUCAACGAGACUUGAAAUUCAUGAGAACAUGCCAGGGGGAUUUUGCCUCCUGUGACACAUUGCAUCAGUGCAUCCAGCUGUUAACCAGAAGGUUGGUGGUUCCAGCCCACCCAGGACCCCUGCAUUGUAGGAGGUUGGACUAGAUGACCCUCAAGAUCCCUUCCAACUCAGUUUUCUCCUCUUGCUGAUGCCAUCCAGUGCCAGAUUUACAUAUAAGGUAAACAAGCUAUAGCUUAGGGCCCCACUCCCUUGGGGCCUCCCAAAAAAUUUUAAAAAACAAACCUGAAUGUACAUUUCCAAAAUAUAAGAUAAAAAACAAAUAAAACAAAACCUACAUACAGCAACAGUGUUUUGUGUUGCGUAGGCUCCUAUUUGUUAUGUGCAAAUGGCUUUAGAUACCUAUAAGGUUCAUAAAUUACCGUAUAGCAUAUAUUCAACACAAAAAACAGUGACAAUUUGUUGUUGACAAAGGACAGCUGGACAUAUAAAGGGCCCCAUUACCUUCAGGAGCUUAGGGCCUCAUCAAACCUAAAUCGGGCCCUGAUGCCAUCCAUCAUCAACAUUUCCAUGUCUCUUCAAUUUUUCAUAGGUGGAUAAGUGGCGCAGCUGUCGUCAAUGCCUUUUAUUCAGCAAGCAGGAAUCAAAUUGGUAAGCUGGGUCUCUCUUAGAAACACUUUCUGGCCAUGUGGUGAGAAAUGGGUUAUUUCUUGUCCCCUGUCUCAGCUCAGAUCAGGUCAGAAAGUGGACUUUUUCACUUGUUGAUCUCUCUGGCUUUUUCAACAUGGUAGUUUAUUCUGCUUUCCCGAUGUUUCCCUAACUUUUGAUUUCUGCACUCUGUUUGAGCUUUCACACAAUGUAAAAGCCGCUUCCAGAAAUAUAGCAGAAUAUAGCACAAGUUUAGUAUCCAUUUCUGCGUUAUAUGCUUCUGGAAAAAAAUAUCUUCCCUGCCCCCCCAAAUAACAUGUGAAUGAGCUCUAAACUCAUGCUAUAAUCUGCUAUGUUUACAGAAGCGGGCUUUACAAUAUGUGAAAGCUCAAAUAUAAUAUAACAGUUCAGGAACUACCAGGGAAAUGCAAUAAAUUGCUGUAGGAACACAGUCUCCAUCUCUCUACCGGCUCAGCAGAUUUAUGCUGUACUGUAGUGUACAAUAACAUCAGGGACUCCAGCUCCCAUCAGUCCCAGCCGGCAAGUCCAGUGGUCUGGGAUGAUGGAAAUUGUAGUCCAACCACAUCUAGAGGACGUUGCUACACCAUGCCAUGCUAUAAUUUUGGUGUUGUGUGUCCUUGACCUGCAGCAGGCAGUCUUGUUAUCCAAAAUGCUGUCCUACUACGGACGUUCAAAAACAUGUUCUGGUUCGUAAUUUCCUUGGUUUCUGGUCCUAUUGACAUUGGCCAGAUGCUUUAAAGAUGAGCUGCUUUAGCAAAGGAAGCACCUUUUUCAUUCUUGCUUCCUUUGGAAAAUGUGAGAGUAUCGACUUGACACACUCAACAAAGCACAAAUCAAGUUGGAGGGGGAUAAUUUCAAAGCAUUUUACUGGAGCGUGUGCUUUUGCUGAAUUAAUCUAUUGCUUAUUUAUUUUGUAUUCAUUAUACUGAUGCAGUCACUACCGCCAACUCUCUGGAAGAAUGGGGGAAGCCUGCAGCCUGAUUCAGUGCUGGACUAAACUUGCCUUUCCGUUUUAUUUGCCUCAUUCUUCCAUUGAAAAAAAAAGGGGGGGAGAUUUCUGUUCAUUUCUCUGGAUAAGGGAAAAUUCCAAGUGUGGGAGGCUGGCUUACUUACUUACAAACAAGAUGACAGAUGAACCCCACCCCUCCCCGAUGCUUGGAAAGAAAGCAUCAAAGUUCUCUGUCCCCCUGCAAUAUGUUUUCUCCACAGACCACUGGUAUUAAAAGUAAUAUUUUAGCAUAGCCCUCUAUACCUGAAGUGCCUGUGAACCCAGAAGUCAGCCAUGUAUUUAUUAUUUACUGCUCAGUUUUAUUUGUGAGAUAUAGCUUUAUUGUGUUUUAGUAUUGCAUUUAGUUUUUAUCUAGUUUUGAGGGAAUUUUAUUGAAUGUCAUUGAUUUUAUUAUUAUAUUAAACAGUAUAAAAUUAGGAUAGACAGUCGGACAGAAGGGCGGACAGACAUAGAAGAAAAGCUUGAGUUGUGACCCUGCAGUCCUUGCCCAGUAAAAGCGGAAUUCUUUAAUGAAUUUUUCUAGUUUUAAGCUAAGCAUUCAGCCAGGUUCAAACCAGAUUGCAAGUCUUGCAUGCUGAACUUUCAUAGCAGGGGUGUAAAAAGAAUGAUGUCAGUUUUUGUGCGAGUUGACCUUGCCAGCAGUAAUGCUGAAAUGAAAGUGAUGGUUUGCAACUAUUCUGGGACCAUAUUUUCACACUUUAUUAACACGACAGAAAGUGGAAUUUACCCUGAACAAGGACAUCUGAGUUCACUGUGAUGGACUUCUUCUUUUUCUUUGGCGAUUACUUGUAGCUGAGUAAGUUUGUCUUCCAUGAACAAGGUUUUAACAGUAAGUCUGUAAGUGACUGUGGAGGCCAAUUCUGGAUCCACACGUCCUUCCACAGUGGGGAUAUAGGUUUCCGGGUGGGAGUUGAUUAUGGUGAGAGUUUGCCAAACACACCUUCAUCUUAGCACGUUUCUCCCUUUCUCCCUUUUGUCCUGAGUUGAGUGUCUUCAAGUCUAUGAUACGUUUGGUAAAGGCUGUUCUCCAGCUGGAACGCUUGCAGGCCAGUGAUUCCCAAUUUUUUUAGACUUGCCUUGAGAGAGUCUUUAAACCUCUUUUGUUGACCAUCAGCAUUACACUUUCCAUUUUUAAGUUCAGAAUGGAAGGCAUCCGAACAACAUCUCCAACAAAAUCCUACACUGAUUCUUCCAUGCACCAAAUCUAGCUGCAUUGGAGUCAGUGAAAAUACCUAUGAAUGGAGACAGAAUCAAGAAAGUAAAAGAGUCUAGACUAGGGAUGGGGCAGAAAUUCAGUUCAGUUCCCACUGAAAGGUGAAUCUACCUAAUUUGCACUUCCUGAAACAAGUGAACCAAAAUGAAGCCAUCCUUUAAAAUUCACAGUUCUCAGAAUUUUGCAAUGCAGUUCUGCAGUCAAGGAUUAACUGGGACAGGAAGUCUUCUUAUACUCCUUCCUGUCCUGAAGGACUCAAUGGACAUUAUGUGUGGACAGACUCUGUCUAGGUCGGACCUGAAGGUACUUCUCCUUGGAAGCUGCCACAUGCAAUUCCGGGGCUGACCAUAUGAAGGAGCUGACCACAGAUCCCAGCAGCUCCUGACGCUUCUUCACACACCAGUUUUAGGCCUCUGGUGUCAUAGGCCUAGAGCUGUUUUCUUUCUGAAGAAGAACAAGCAGAAUAUCUUGCUUGAAAUCAUGGCUAAGUGAGGACAACUUUGACACAGCUGUGGGAAAUUCAUCCUAGUCACAGUUGGUGUGAAAUCUGAUGGACAUUGAGGAAGAGAACUUGGCCCUGUUGGAAUAAGCUGAAAUAGGUUGGAAUAUACUUUAGGUCAAAAUGAAGCUGCAAAACUUUAGGCAGCCAUGAAGGGUUCUAGUGCAGCACAGCAAAAUGCCGUGCUAUGCAGAAGCAAGACAGAACGAAGCAGCACAUUAACAGGAAUGCUUACUCAUCCAUUAACAAAAAGAGUUAGUUCCACCGUGCCCACAUUCAGUGCAUAAACAUAUUAUGGCAAAAGUCUCUGUGGACAUACUCAAGUUACAAGAAUUUAGGAAAUUUGGAUUCUAUUCCUGGCAGUCUUUAAAUGGGCAGCCGGGAAAAGAAUUGCAAUUCCCUCUUCACAGCUAUAUGGCUCAUGGAUAUGGGCAAAUGUUUUACUAGUUAGGAAGGGGGAGCCUCGUAGGAAUAAUUCUCAUCUCUCUGGCAUUGCUUGAGAUUGCUCAAGUUUUGCAAAUGUUAUAAGCAAGCAUUGGUUUGCUAUGAAGUAGCUUAGAAUAAACAUCUCAUCCAUUAGAGUUGCAUUUCUCUAACAGAGUUAAUAGCAGAAUGUUUUGACACUUUCAAGGGCUGCAAUGCAAAGUGAAGCAGUUCAUAAAAUUGCAAAGGAAACACAAUAAGCCUAUGUGUAGGGAAUGGUGUGUUUAUUUUUGUGUGUACUUUUACCCUAAACCAAUGUGUGGUGGAGGUAGUAUGGGAUUUAACCUCAAGUCAAUAUACCGUAAUUUUAUUCCCUGAGGCAAUGGUCACCUUCUGUUUUUCCUUGGUAAGCUGGGUUGCGCUUGCCAACCCAGUCUACAAUUUGUAAAAACCGUGGGAAAUGGAAUGCCUCCAUGGUGUAUUGUCACAAAUUGGAAUCAGCUCCCUUUCCUAUCUAAACAACCAACGAUGGCAAUACCCUAAUUUUUGGAGGGCCACAAGACAACAGAUGGUUAGCGUGACCUUAGCAAAGGGUUGGACAAGCCAACAGUUGCUGGCUGCAAUAUCUGGACCAGUUCCUCUGAGAGUUGGGUGAUUACGGAAGAAACAUAAUAGGUCCUGUUAAUCAGAUCCUGGAAUUUCAGCUUGAAGCAUCGGAGGAAAACUUAUGCGAGCUAUGGGACAGGAGAACUGCAAUUUUGGAAAGCAGGAUAGUUGGAAACAAAAUACAAAACAAAAGAGUAGGCAAUAGGCUGAGAAGUGGGGUUGGAAUCUGGGAAGCGGAGGAAACUGAAAGGAAGGGGAGGGAUGGAAAACUCAUGUUGUUGAGGGGAAACAGAGGGAAAACCACACCCAUGGCUUAUGGACAGGAGAGCCAUUGUGCUCUAGGCAAGAAAGGAGUCGGUGGGCUUUAGAAACUCAUGUGCCCUGAACCUGCAGACCCAGAAAAUAGCAACUAUUUCAGCAUCAUGCUGACUUAGGGUAGAAGGGCACAUCCAUAAAUAAUAUGACCUUGUGGUCAGUGCAGAUCAUGUAGGUAAAAGAUAGUAUUGGACUCCAUCAGCUAGCAUGACCAUAGACAGGGAUAAUGGGAACUGUAGUCAAUAACAUCUGGGGGGGCACAAAUUCCCCAGCCCUGCCCUGGUAUGUCUCUCUCAUUUUCAUAGGAAAGACUUAGGGAGGUAUGCAGCUACCGUGUCCCAUCAGAGCAAGGAUUUCCUCUUGUACGUGGGGUGUUCCCACUCUCUUCCCCACGCAUAUGCUCCCCAGAUGUGCUCCAGAGGUCCAGAGAGUUGAGUUGGGGAACUCCUAGAGCAGGUUUAAGAGGCAGGUGAGGAGAGGAGAGGGACAGAAAAAUCCUUGCACUAAUUGUGACAUUCAAUUACAUCCUCGCACCAUUGGCCCUACCUGCAGGGGUCACAUAAUUCACAGCUGCCCCCCCUCCAGCCUUGGAUGGCAUCAUGCUGUUGGAUCCCAUACAGUUGAGCGUGCAUUUGAAGGGCAUCUGGUGAUCAAAGAGCAAGACAAAUCAGGUGGAAGGGGAAGGAGAGGUAGUUUGAAUUAAUCAGCCACACCGUUGGCUAAAAUUUCCAGGGUGUUUAUUUAAUUGAGCUUGUGUUUUUGCAAAUAGUUUGAGCUGGUACAAAAGAUUAACUUGUCAUCUAUGGCGUCAUAUCUCUUUCUGCAGUCUUUCCUGCUGGCAUUUUGCAACCACCUUUCUUCAGUGCAGCUCAGCCUAAAUCCUUGAAUUAUGGUGGCAUUGGCAUGGUCAUUGGGCAUGAAAUCACUCAUGGCUUUGACGAUAAUGGUAAGAAAGAGAACUCAUGUUUCACCAUUGGUAUUACUUUACCCGAUCUGUAUGGUGCAUGGAGAGAGACAAUCCUGAUUUAAUUUAAUCAAGCCCUGUUUCUUGUGUGUGGCAGUGUGCUUUGCACCAGAAAAAAAUAUCUCUAUUAUUCGUUUCCCAGGGGCUAAGGGUGGCUUUACAUAUUACCAGAAGCACCAAUUAUUAUUAUCUCGUAAACAGCAAGGCCCUCUCUCCUGUGCUUCUUGGCAUUUCUUGCAUUAACAUGAUACUACCCAUAAAACAGGGAUGGGAACCAGUGGUCCCUAUAUGUUGUUGAACUCCAAUUCCCAUCAGCAGCAGACAGCAUGGCCAAUGACCAGGGAUGAGGGAAGUUGUGAUCUAGCAACCUCUAGAGGGCCACAACUUCCCCACCCUUACCAUAAAGCAAGAACCAAAGAUUUAUGCCAGCAACAUAACAUUUCCUCAUUCACAACCAGCACCUUAUUAACAAAGCAGCUGAAUGAAACAUCAGUCACGCCAUGAUGCCAAAUAUUCCUCUUUCCCCACUCCCCCUGCACCUUUCCAAGAGGGAUGAUCUUGUGGUCCUGGCCAGCCACUGAACCGAUUCCAAAGGAACGGUGAAUGUGCAAAUGGCAGCUUCCUGCCAACCGCUGGAUGAGCACAUCAUUGUCUGCAUUGGGAAACAUGCUUGAUGAAUGUUAAGGUUCCUGAAUCAAGCAGAGCACCUGGCUGGAAUCAGAUUAAUAGAUCAGAAAAGUCAAAGACCUUCAUAUUUUGUCUGAUGUCACCAUACAUUAUGAUAUAAAGGUAAAGGGACCCCUGACCAUUAGGUCCAGUCGUGACCGACUCUGGGGUUGUGGCGUUCAUCUCGUUUUAUUGGCCGAGGGAGCCGGCAUACAGCUUCCAGGUCAUGUGGCCAGCAUGACUAAGCCGCUUCUGCUGAACCAGAGCAGCACACGGAAACACUGUUUACCUUCCCGCCAUUUAUCUACUUGCACUUUGAUGUGCUUUCGAACUGCUAGGUUGGCAGGAGCAGGGACCGAGCAACGGGAGCUCACCCCAUCGCAGGGAUUCAAACCGCCGACCUUCUGAUCGGCAAGUCCUAGCUUCUGUGGUUUAACCCACAGCGCCACCCGCAUCCCUUACAUUAUGAUAUAACAUUAUACAAAAAGGAUUGGCGAUGGUGCUGAAAGUAAGUGGUGCUUGAGUCAAGCACUGCACAUUCUACUGAUGUUGGCUUGGAAGUGUGUGCUCAUGGUGCAAACUCUUGUUGCUAGGCAGAAGACUAUCACUCAGUAGCAGAUCCCCAUAUCUGACAAUGGCCAUGCAUGCUGGGGCUGUUGGUAUUGGAGUUCCAAAACAUCUGGAGGGCAAAAGGUUCCUCAACCUGGUGUGUACGAUCCUAAAUUCAGUCCUUGGGACUUUAGCUUAAGGUCAUGGAGAGCCGUUCUGAGUAGGCAAUAUUGUUCCAUGGACCAAUAGUCUGCUACUGCACAAGGCAAUUUCAUAUUUUCAGUGUCUUCAAGACUAUCAUUGCAAAUUUCUUAUGUGUAUAUGUUAUUUCAGGUAGAAAUUUUAAUGAGAAUGGGGACCUUGUAGACUGGUGGAGUCAAACAUCUGCAACAAAUUUUAAGAAGCAGUCUGAGUGCAUGGUAAACCAGUAUGGAAACUUCAAAUGGGAUCUGGCUGGUGGACAAAAUGUAUGUCCCUUCUUUCUUAUUGAAAUGCUUACAUUUGAAUGAACAUUCUUUUAUUUUAUUAGAUGAAACAUAUCCCACAUGGUAAUGGAGGGAGAUGCUGAGAGACUGAAUAGCUUCAAAAGGAAACUUAACCAUGUGAACAAACCUGCUGGAGGCCAAAUGUAGUUUCUAUUACUAUUUGUAUAUUUAUUUCAUUUAUGAAUUCCUCCCAAUGAGGCAUCUCAAAGCAAUUUACAAUAUAAUGGCAUAUAUAAAACAGUUAUGUAAAGGCAAUUGCAUAUAAAAACAAUUAACAAUUAUAAGUCUAAUACCAGGUUAAAACAACAGGUCAGGUCAGGUCCAAGACAGGUCCCAGUUGAGAUAAACAUUUUUGAAGACUUGUUGAAAGAGGAACAUCUUUAGCAGGUGCCAAAAGCCAAUAGAGAAGGCAGCUGUCUGUUACGCAAUGGAAAUUCCAAAUGGCAGGUACCAGCACACUCAAUGUCCAAUUCCAACAUCCUGCUGAUUGGACAUCCUGAUAGGAUGGUACCUGCAUAGGAUGGAACCCUAACCCUAACCCUUUCCUGCAAAAAGCAUUGCUUGGUUAGGGUGAAACAAAUUUUUUAGGUAUCCUGGUCCCAAGCUCUGUAGGGGUUUGCAAACCAGUGCCAGUACCUUGAACCUAGCCCAGUAGCUAAUUGGCAGCCGGUGCAAUUCAUUCAGUAGUGGCAUGUUGUGACAGUAGUUGAGCCACCACACUUUGCACUUCCAUAGAAGAAAGACAUGUGCAUAGGUGCAAAUAACCCCUUACAUUUAGAUGAUUUGUAUUCCUAGAGGUGCCUUUGCCAAGGUUCACAGAUAAAGCUGAAGAAAAAAUGCUGCGGUUCAGAUAUAUCAUUAAAUCAUGGUCUAGUGUUAUGUCUGUGAGCUUUUGGUUGCACAUUAAGCCCUCCCAUCUCAUCUUCCUGUAAAGCCAGGAUAAAGAGAUUGGCAGCAUCCACUGGGCAAACCUCUCUAGGUUAUUCCAUCACUGAGAAGUAUAGAAGUAUAGGGUGACCACUAGGAAGACGAACUUCUCAGUGAUGGAAUAACCCAGAGAGGAGAUCAAGGCACUUGGAGCAGGAUCUCUCUAGAGGAUAGGUUUCAAGUAGGUAUAUGCAGGAAAAGGCAAUCUCACAAGUAACCUGUUGUUGUUUAGUCAUUUAGUCGUGUCAGACUCCUCGUGACCCCAUGGACCAGAGCACGCCAGGCACUUCUGUCUUCCACUGCCUCCCGCAGUUUGGUCAAACUCAUGUUGGUAGUUUCGAGAACACUAUCCAACCAUCUCGUCCUCUGUCGUCCCCUUCUCCUUGUGUCCUCCAUCUGUCCCAACAUCAGGGUCUUUUCCAGGGAGUCUUCUCUUCUCAUGAGGUGGCCAAAGUAUUGGAGCCUCAGCUUCAGGAUCUCUCCUUCCAGUGAGCACUCAGGGCUGAUUUCCUUCAGAAUGGAUAGGUUUGAUCUUCUUGCAGUCCAUGGGACUCUCAAGAGUCUCCUCCAGCACCAUAAUUCAAAAGCAUCAAUUCUUUGGCGAUCAGCCUUCUUUAUGGUCCAGCUCUCACUUCCAUACAUCACUACUGGGACAAAUAACCUAAUCUCAAGCAAUUAAGGCUUUUAAAAGUUAAAGCCAGCAGUUUAAAUUGUACCAAGAAAUGAACUGGGGAGCAUCAUGUGUGAUAUAGUUGAAACACCCAGUCCCAAUCAAUAUAUUCCUGGCCCUAUUCUGGACCAAUUUCAGUUCCUAGACUAUUUUAAGGCCAACACACACAGCAAUAGUCUGAACAGUAGGUUUCCAGAAAGUGUGGCCUGCUCAUUUCUAUCCAGUUAUGGUGGUUCCUGGUGUAUCAGCCAAAGCGAGUUAAUUUAGAACAGGAAGCAAAAGCUUUCAAUCUCCUCCUCAUGGCCUCUCUGAAGGGAGGGAGGAGAGGGGAAUGUGCACGAGUCAAAGGCUCACUGAUAAAGCUCAGGCUAACUGCUGCUUGGGCACGUAGCACUAAACAAUGGUUCAGUGUUGCAUUCAAAGAAAGCCAAUUUGUGGCUAAUGGGACGUGUGGAUCCAGAAUUGGCCUUCACAGUCACUUACAGACUCACUGUUAAGACUGUGUUCAUGGAAGAGAAUCUUAUUCAGCUCCAAGUGAUCGCCAAAGAAGAAGACGACUCAAAAUAGAAAACGACAACGACAAUCAGUAAUUCAGAAAAUCCUGUUUUGCUGAGGCUGGGGGUGAUUGGAGGAAGUGGUAGCAGAUCUCCCAUGAAACCAAGACUCUUCCAUAAAGGUCAUGUCAUGUAAAGUCUCAGUGAGGAGGGUCACAUCAAGGUAAAAGACGGGUUCAGGAUAAAGUAGCUGGACUUGGCAAGAUGCGACCAGAUACAGUCAGGCCUUAACAGCACCAUGGAGAGCUCCCACUGAGCUCUGCUGGUUGUAGCUCUCCCCCUGUUGACAGUCAUAGCCCUCUGGAUGUUGCCUUGUAGACUUCAUAUUCUACAUUUCACAUCUAGAUGGUUGGGAAUAAUCCAUUUUCUGACCUUCAAGCCAUGACUCAUUGUUCUUCCAAGAAUUUCAUUCCGCACUCAGGCAAAAAGAAAAAGGGGGGGAAAGUAAGUAGCAUUUUCAUUUCUUCCUUUUUCUCUGCAGCUCAGCGGAAUCAAUACCCUUGGUGAAAACAUUGCCGAUAAUGGUGGCAUCAGACAAGCAUACAGGGUAAGAAAUGCCCAUUUUCUCUUACUUCAUAUGAUUGUUAGUUGGUGCAGAUUCGUUAAAAUGUUGGGUUGUUUGGGGUUUUAAUUAAAAAAAAAAAAAUUAUGUGCCACACAAGCUGCUUUGUUAAACCCCUGAAGUUUAGUUACCUGGUCUUCAGGGCCUAAUCUGUACUCAUAAGAACAUAAGGAAUGGACCAUCUUGUCCAGCAUCUUGUUUUCACAGUGGCCAACCAGAUGCCUAUGGGAAACCCUCAAGCAGCACUUCAGUACAACUGAAGUCUCCCUCCUUAUGCAUGUUUCUUCGCUUCAAGACUACAACCCUCACUUCCUGCUUCAUCCCCUGUCUCCCUCUCCUCUCCCUGUCCUUCAUUCUCCCUCUUCAAUAGGAAAACUUUAGAAAGAAAGUUAGGGAAAGAGAGUUAGGGAAUUGUAAAGCACUCUGUGAUCCUCAAAUCAAAGGUAGUAUCCAAAUUUAAUAAAUAUCUGUUCAUUUAUUGCAUGUACCACAAUUUACCUCUUUUCAUGGGAGGAAGGUCCAGUGGCUGGACAGGAAAGGAAGGCAGGGAAUGGGAACCCGUGACCCACCAGACAUUGCUGGACUAAAACUCCCAUAAUUCGUAACCAUUGGCCAUGCUGGGUAGUGCUGAUAGCAGUUGUGAGUCCAACAAUAUCUGAACCAGAUUCUCCAUCCCUGAUAUAGAUGAGUAACUGGGGUGAGUAAAAGGUAGAUGGUAAUCUACUGGUGGACCUCCGGGUGAUCUGCAGUAGAUCAACAAGCGUUUUUGACCACCAGUUGAUUAACAAUAGCAACAACAAAAUGACUCCUCCUGUGCCCUAAAAAAUCCCACUGUUGAACACAAGAAAACUUGGGGUGAUGACCCAGAGUAGAGCUCUGUGUUGAGGAACAGUGAGUUCUGUUGAGUUCUGGUACUAAAACAAAAGAUGCCGCCAGGUUCCUGGCCUCACAAUUCUUUAAUUCUAAGUGUGUAGGUUUGUGCUUUUGCAUCAAGCACUGGUUCAAGGUUCCGGGAGAAGGAAGUCGCUCCUGCAAGCCUUCAGUCUGCCCAGCCCUGAUUCAAAGCAAGGGUGAGCAGCACAGUGCCCAGGUGGCUUGUUACAACACUGAAAAUCCUAGGUAUCUAAAAAAAAAUAUUGUAUAGUUGGUUGCAUUUGUAAAUUUGCAAAUGCAACAUAAAUCAUGAAGGGAGAAAGGGGGGCACGAGUUAUGCUCCUCUUUCCCCAUUGCCUCAGAAUUUCCACAUCCAUUUAUUGGCAACUCAUUCAUACCAUGCCUCACACUUUCUGUCCUUCUAAGCUACAAUUAUGCUUCUUUUGUGGGAUUUGGAACGCCAUUAAACAAAAUUACCAAACGUAAUUUUGAUGAGUCAAAUCAACAGGGUCCCCACCAAAGCUAUAUGCUAAGAACUUUCCACAGUUGUCCAAAAAUGAGGACUAUAAGAGCCAACUUCUUCUUCUUCUUCUUCUUCUUCUUCUUCUUCUUCUUCCUCCUCAUUAUCAUCAUCAUCACUAUGCUUGUGGAAGUUGCUUUUAGGCUUUGCUACUUCAAUUCCAAUUCCAUGCAGACUUGCUGAGACCCUUCAGAGCAGACUUCCUCAACCUCGGCUCUCCAGAUGUUUUGAGACUAUAAUUCCCAUCAUCCCUGACCACUGGUCCUGCUAGCUAGGGAUCAUGGGAGUUGUAGGCCAAAAAUAUCUGGAGGGUCGAGGUUGAGGAAGCCUGCUCCAGAGUAUUAAAUAUCUAAAAAGCAAAAUUGUGUGGGUUUCUCAGGAAGAAAUGAGUUAUGACAUUUCCAUAAACUAAACUACAUGCACACAACGCAGAUUUGACAUGAACAAGAAACAGGGUGGUAUUCAGCUAAGUUUUAUUCAGAGUAGACACCCUUAGAAUGAAUGGACCAAACUUAGUCGUGUGUCUUGGGAAGAAUGUUUCUUAAUGAGGUGGGAAGCUUGGACUUUCACUGUGGCGUUAAGCAAGAAUUGACCAAACGUUGUGGUAGGUAAAUAAAUAGUGCUAAAAAAUAAGGAAAGCAAAUUCUCUCAGUGAAAUACAGUUCCGAUGUGAAUCUUUCUCAAGGGCAGCCAUGGAAAAAACUGUUCCUCCCUUCUAUUCUUGUUAUCUUAAUUAAGAGUACAGAACACACUGUAAUUAUUAGCCAAAUGUCCAGGACAAAGUGCAUUCUAGUAAGAACCACACUGUCAUUCUUUGCUUGUACUGAGAUUAUGGCUCUUUUAUCUUUCGUUUACGUUUUUCAGAAGUUUUCCCAAGUGCGUAGUCACAGUAAAGCAAGAUGAACUAUCCCAACAUAAGAGACAUAAAAGCCAUCUUCUUUCCAUGUGGUUUUUAUACUAGUAUAAUGUGAUUCCACAGCAUACAGGAAACCAUUUUUACUAAUGGGUCCCAGUGCGUUGUGAGUCAUGCGAUAUCUUCCGCAAGGGGAAACUGACUUGCUUUUAAAUUUCUCUUUAUACUGUGCUGGAGGAGUUGUGUGGCAUCCACAUAUAUUCUGAAGGUGGCACUGUGCCAUCUUUAUGCUCACGUUGUGAUCCCUGCACUCUGAAGAAGCACCCAGCAGGGAUGAAGUAUCUGCUCAUCAGCUGAUGAACACAGCUGUUUUGGAAUGGUCAUAUUGCUUUCUUUCUGUAUGUUCUGUAACUUCCUGCUGAAAUCCCAUAACCUUUUCAUACCAUGUCGUCUCUGUCUUUGUCCUGCUUUCUUUGUGCUAUAGCCCACCCCCCACUGGCCGACAAAAAUGUGGCAGCUUUGGAGAAGAAUUGUAGGGCAACUAAUAACGCAUAAUAACGCAUAAUAAUAAUAAUAAUAAUAAUAAUGGUAAAGGGAUCCCUGACCAUUAGGUCCACUCGUGACCAACUCUGGGCUUGCGGUGCUCAUCUCACUUUACUGGCUGAGGGAGCCGGCGUACAGCUUCCGGGUCAUGUGGCCAGCAAGCCGCUUCUGGUGAACCAGAACAGCACACGGAAACGCCGUUUACCUUCCCACCGGAGUGGUACCUAUUUAUCUACUUGCACUUGACAUGCUUUCGAACUGCUAGGUUGACAGGAGCAGGGACCGAGCAAUGGGAGCUCACCCCGUCGCGGGGAUUCGAACCGCCAACCUUCUGAUUGGCAAGUCCUAGGCUCUGUGGUUUAACCCACAGCACCACCUGUGUCCCUCAAAUAAUAAUAAUAAUAACCACUAAUUCACUAUUAUUGGAUCAAGAACACGUUGGCAUAAUGUUCCUGGAGGUGCCCAAAGACAAGGACACGAAGUGGCAGCAACCAGAAAUCUUAUGAUUUCUCCUUCCCUAGUUUUGCGCUUGAUUCUCAUUGCAGUUCGAGCUGGUUGGAUUUCACGGUGGCCAUCAUCUCUCUUCCCUUCCUCUUCCUUUGGCAGGCCUAUGAAAAGUUUGUAGAGAAGAACGGAGAGGAGAAGCUGCUCCCCGGACUCGACUUCAACCAUAAGCAGCUGUUCUUUUUGAACUUUGCACAGGUAUUAUACUCUGCUUGAUUGAAAGCUUUGGAAAUUAUUUUGAGUUGCAAUUUCACAGUUAAGUUGGAAACAGCAGGCUGGCUUUUCUCCUUUUAAUGUGAACUGGCAGAAUUGCUAAAUCGAGCAGCCUUCAUGGCAGCAGGGCCGAGAGGAGAGUGGCCUGUCAGAUUAAGUUAAUCGCAGCUAAGUGCACGGAGGCAUCCAGGAGGUGAGUCUGUAAAGCGCAGUUAACGUGUGGUCAUGUACUAGUGCUGAGAUGGAACCUGCUCUCUGAUUUCCUGAAAGGCUCCUUCCCCGGAGCAAAAUGGUUCUGUUUCUCUUCCUCAUUCUGGGGGCUCUGUAGAAUGUCUUUAUGAUUUCCAUAGGUGCUGAGCUUCCCUUUCCACUGUGAGGUGGCUGAGGGUGGUGGGUGGGUGUUUUUCUUUCCAUUAAACGUUUAUCCCAGUGCCUUGCAGCGUCCCUGCUUCCACUGUUACAUCAUGACAUAUUCCUCUGGGCUUUAAUUGAAGUGCAGGAAUCUACAUAGAAUCAUAGAAUUGUAGAGUUGGAAGGAAUCCUGAGGACCAUCUAGUCCAAUCCCCUACAAUGCAGGAAUACGCAGCUGCCCCGUAUGGGAAUCGAACUUGCAACCUUGGUGUUAUCAGCACCGUGCUCUAACCAACUGAGCUAUCUAUUGUUAGAUAACAGAGGCUGCCUACUGAACUCCUGAAGUUGAUGCACUUGCUGGUUUUGUUUCUCUAAGCUAAAUAAUUCCUUUUAAUUUUUUGAAAAAAUCUGUACUGAAUUUAAAUGUGUGUGUGUGUGUGUGUGUGUGUGUGAGUGAGAGAGAGAGAGAGAGAGAGAGAGACUUCAUUUUAAAAAAACAAUUAGAAGAAGAAGAAAAGCUGCAUGGGACACAGCCUUCCCACAUCCCCACUACAGGAAAAUACAGCUGAAGCUUAUGCCACAAUACGUUUUGUUAGUCUUUGAACCGUGUGGCAGGUAAUGUGCUACAAUUGCAACAUGACUAAUGCUCUGGAAAUCAAAACUAACAUGUCACUGCUUUUAAAUAAUCAUUUCUGCAAUAUAUUUUUUGUGUGUGUGUUCUUUUAAAGGUAUGGUGUGGGACAUACAGGCCGGAAUAUGCUGUCAACUCUAUUAAAACAGACGUCCACAGCCCAGGCCAAUUCAGGUUAGUAUUUUAAAACAUCCAUUUUCUUAAACAGUGGUUUUUUUUAAAAAAAAAUAUACAUACACAAACACACACACACACACACACACACACAUACAAUGCACACCUUUCUCACAAAAGUCAACAGCAUAGUUAAACAUGUUAAUCUUUAAGACUGUUUGUCAUUCAGUAUCGUAUUUUUCCGUGUAUAAGACUAGGUUUUUCCCCUAAAAAACACUGUCAAAAAUUAGGGGGCGUCUUAUACUCUGGGCCAUCUCCCCCCCAUUUUCUUAAAUUUGAGUCCCCCAAAAUAGGGGGCGUCUUAUACAUGGGGGCGUCUUAUAGACAGAAAAAUACAGUGAUUGUUAACUGCCCACAAGAGAGCUUUGGGAAGGAGAUGCGAGGGCUCUGAAGGGGUCACAGAAUCCUCUCCCCUCCUUCCCAGAGCCUAGUGAGCACUUUCCCACCCUUGGGAAGGAGGUGUGAAGGCUCUAGGACCCUGCCAGAACCCUGUGCCUCCUUUCCAAAGCCAGUCACCUUCUGACCCACCCACAAGGGCUGGGGGGGGGGGGGAUUUGGCCUCGCACAUGGCACCAUAUUACCCAGGUCCACCACUGACACAUUCUCUGCAUUCUAAGAUGCUUGUUUCUAGGGCAGAAGACGUGGGUUCAAAUGGCUUCCACCACAUGUUUUUUAAUGUCUGCUUCCUGGAACAAUUUGUGUUUCAUCAUAGUGUGGGAGAACAGCAACUGCCUCCACCCUUUCAACGGUACACAACAGUACUAAUACCACCCAAACAGCAAAUGGCUGUUUGGGUAGCAGUAGUACUGUGUGGAGAGCCACACAAAAAUUUGGCGUUAGGAAUAUGUUCAUCAUACCUGAACGGGUUUUUUAAAAAUCCAGUUUGCAAUGUAUACAUUGAUUACCCGUCAUAAGACAUUGGUUUCUCCAUCCUGUUCUGAGUUCACAGGAUGGUCCAGAUAAAUAUCAUUUGAGAAAUGCAAUGUUCUAUUAAAUCAAAGUGGAUUAAUAAUGGAAAAUAUAAAGAUAUUGUGAUAGAUGAGUGAAUGCCUUUGUGCUGCUAUUAUACAAUUCUGAGCCUGUGCUUUUACCUACCUGGUAUACUUCUCGUCAGUAUUCCUUUUUUUUUCUUUCGUUUUUGCAAAUGCUCACUUUAUCAGUAUACCCUGCAUAACCAAACAUUUAUUGAAUGCAUCAACUGUUCCUGAAGCUGGCCUCAGAAUGGUAUUUUCAUGUGGGUGUGCUCUCAAGGCUUUGUUGUUGUUUUUCCAGGAAAUCUGCGACUUUCUCCCUGAUGCAAUUAUAUUCCAAAAUCCUACACUCAGCUGAAUUUCUCAGCUACAGUGUUUGCUUUGGAUGGGGCAGUUCCCAGGACAUUUGCCUGGUGUGCCUUUUAUCCACUUGCAUUGCUGAUUCAUUCUUUGAGAUCAUUGUAUAUCUUUUGUUUGGACACGGUUUAGCGUUCCGUAACAAGCACUGCAUUUCAUUACUGACGAGACAGCUGUAAAUAUAUACACUCCACUUUGGACAACUCAUUCAGCCAAUAGUAACUGUUGCAACCACUGGGUAGUAAUUCCUAGUGGUGAGUGGGAGGGCAUCAUCACUUAAGCAUUGUGGGAUAGCAGCGUUCAUUUCCUUCUUCCUUGGUAAUCUAUGAGAGGGAAAGAAUGCGCAGGUCUCCUGGCCUGCCUUUAUGCUAUGUGUUCCAGCUCCCAGUUCCUAGUUGCCUUUCUGCAAAGACAUUGCCCCGUGCACAGUGAGAACCAGCUCUGGGGGGAGUGGUUAUGCAAUGACAGCCACAUUGCAAAGAAGAUGGUUGCUUUUAAAAAAUGUGUAUUUCAUGGAACUGCUGCAUACCAAGUCAAACAACUGGUCCAUCUAGCUCAAUAGUGACUGGCAAUAGCUCUCCAGUUUUUCAGAUUCAUCUCUCCCAGCCUAGGGCCCACGUACCUACGGGACCGCCUCUCCUGGUAUGCCCCAUGGAGGACCUUAAGGUCCACAAAUAACAACACUUUGGAGGUCCCGAGCCUCAAGGCGGUUAGAUUGCUUUCAACUAGGGCCAGGGCCUUUUCAGCACUGGCCCCAACGUGGUAGAACGCUCUGUCACAAGAAACUAGGGCCCUGAGGGACUUGACAUCUUUCCACAGGGCCUGCAAGAUGGAGCUGUUCCACCUGGCCUUUGGUUUGGACUCAGUCUGACCCUUAUGUUGCCCUCCCCUUAUGGUCUUGAUUUAUCAGCUAUUUUAAAAUGAGGCUGCAUUUGAAAUUGCAUUUUAAGCUGUAUUUUAAAUUGGGUUUUUUUCCCCCUCUCUUUUUCCCCUAUUAUGUUUUUACUGUGAUUUUAUUGGUGUUAGCCGCCCUGAGCCCGGCUCUGGCCGGGGAGGGUGGAGUAUAAAUAAAAAAGUAUUAUUAUUAUUAUUAUUAUUAUUAUUAUUAUUAAUAUUAUUACCUGAUGGUGCUGAGGACUAAAACUAGGAUCUUCUUCACGCAGUGCUAAGAUGCCAUAGUCGUCUCCCUAUAAACUGUAUGCUUCCUGAGCAAGCAGCAGAAGUUGCUACCCUGGAUGUAGUUAUUUAUGAAGCAGAACUAACAUAUUCUCAUCUUGUUUUAAAGGGUCCUAGGAACACUGCAGAACACAGCAGAGUUUUCUGAAGCCUUUAAGUGUACCAAUGCGGAAUACAUGGACCCCGUGAAAAAGUGCCGUGUUUGGUGAUGAAGCUACAUAGAGUGGACUCGAAGGAGGAGAAGCUUUCCAGAAAUUGAGAAUGUUUUGAGGAUGGCCGGAUUGGAUUUGUCACAAAAAAAGGAACGAUAACAGAGACAUACCAAGCGAUGCAUUUUCUAGAAAGGGAGGAGAAAACCUCGCUAAGGCAGCGACUGCCAACAAUUACUCUGGCGAAACUCGGGAAAUGAUAAAUCACUGCAUACUUAAGGGUUCUUCAUUUCUUUUCCCCACAAUGAUCUUACCAUUUUAAUCCUGCUUUCCAUUUAGCCUGCAGAUUCUAUUUCAUGUUUUACCCUUUCCAUCGCCAUGUUUUUCUGUGAAAGUGAGUCCCACCGAUUCCAGUGAAACUUGUUUCCAGGAAAGUUCAUUCAGCCUUAAUGACCUGCCGUCCCGUGAAGGUGUUCCGAUAUUUAUAAAUCAGACGAAAGAAGGGAGCACCAAGUCACACAUUAGCUUGGACAUGUGUCAAGUGAGUCAAAAGCCUACGAUGUGGUUUCUCACACAUCUCCUAUUACGGCUGGCGUGCUUCACUAAAUGCUUGUGUCUCCCAAUGUGGCCUUGGGAACUGCAGGGCCUGGAGGAAAAAAGAACCCUAUAAGGGACCCUAGCAAUUUGCCAUUUGUAAAUGCUCAAAACUCAGUGCACCCUUUUAAAAAAAAAGUGAUUUGCAUCUAGACAACACCAAUGGCCCCAGCCAUAGUGGCAGAAAGCUUGUCGCACGUAAGGAAUUUCUGUAUUUACAACAAAAGACGUGCACGAUCAGCAGGGAACAGGUGAGCGUUACAAUACAGGUGAGAUGUGGAACCAUCUGUGAGAUGGCAGUGCUUGCCUGCAAACAUCUGCUUAUGGGUGGUGUUUCUUGAGAGGUUGUAGUUGGCACUGUCCUGUGCUCUGUUUUGACAUCCACAAUCACUGGAUGAAGGCAAAGCCACCAAGUAGAUCUUCUCUUUCCUCACUGCGGUUUUCAUCCUCAUGGGAGGCAGGUAGUGGUGCAAAGUGCUUCUGACUUACAUAUUACAUAUGGCACCCUUGCCCAUAGAAGAUGUCUUCAACCCGUGGACUCGUCUCCAAGCUUUCUUCUGUUCCUUUUCAUUUUCUUUUUUCUUUUUUUGUGAAGCCAUCUUCAUGAGAACAACCCAAAGACGAAAGUGUAAUCUACUUAAGGGAUUAACUGUUGACCAAAUUUAUUGUUUGCUGCUUUCCAGCCAAAACCUAUACUGUAGAUAAUUUAUGAAAUUUUUUUAGCGUAUGUUGUAAUCACUGCAGUUGUAAUCAGAAACUCCUUCAUGUUUUUUCUAAGAUUUUCCUGCUUUUUCUCAAAACUUUUGUCUUUUUUUUUUCCAAAGAAGAGGAUGAAAAAGUAUUUGUAAUAAUAUAUAUGACCAUACUUUUUAUAUUUAAUUCUGAAUUAUACCGGACAUGAAUUGUUAUAUAUUAUUACAAUGGGUGCAUUUUGUUAGAGUGCCGAGGUACAAACCAUUCAACAGAUGAUUAAGUCUCAACACAGAGAUCUCUACUAAUAAGAUAUACAGACUGACUGACUGACUGGUUUUGAGAAGAACUUCUAGAAAUUCUACAAAUGUUAGGACUUUCAAAUGUAGCACAAAAGUUGCUUGUGAUUCCUUUGAACCAACAGGACAUUUUGCUUCAGUAAUAAUGGUGCAUACAUAGGCAUUUACAUUAUGUGGACCCUUACUAGUGAUAAGUCUUUUAAAUCUGCUACAAUAGUUUUCAAAUGCCCUCCUGCAAGUGGCCAAGGAACCUACUGCUUCUGGCACUGAAACACACAGAUCUUUCCAAAUAAAUUACUACUUGAUACCUCAGAUGACUCGAAUGGGUCCAUUUCUGAGCAUUUGAGGACUGCCUGUGCAAAUUCUUUCUUUUCAAGUUUGUCACCUGAUAAAGCAUUGUGAUAAUUAAAUUUAAGCCACGUGCCUCUUA